UUUCUUCACCCCAUCCCUCCCAAAAUCUGGGACCACAAAGUCGAUCUCGUGGUCCACCAACCCCCAUUUCCCACACCCAUCCCAUGUCGCCCAUGGCCUAUCCGGGGUCAAUGCAUCCGAUGAGUCCCGUUCCAAUUGGAAUGCCCAUUUCUCCGGGAAUGUCACCCGUUUUCGGAUGCCCACCUGCGGGAUAUAUUCAGUGUCCAAGACCUCGAUGGCCUUCGCCCAUUACACCAGGAAACGCUGCGCCCAGGCCUUAUAUACCUACGCAGAUUCAGAGUCCGUUGGGAAGUGGCACAACAUCUCCAAUACCUUGUGGGCCCCCAGAAUACCUAAUUGCCCCAUAUAAACCAGGCGAAUACGAAUACGUUGGAGUCCCAUUGGACCCUAAUCAAGUUGAUGAUGACGAGUCUGGUCCCAGCACCGCCGAAAUUAUUGCCAGCCAAAGUCAAGAUUAUGUGGAUGAAAAAUUAGCAGAGUACCAAGCCACUAUUCAUCAAUUGCAAGAUGAGCAGGAACGUGUACAGAAAAAGACUUUUGUAAACUGGAUCAAUUCUUAUCUUCUGAAGCGAGUUCCUCCUCUUCGUGUAAAUGAUUUGAUUGAAGACUUGAAAGACGGGACACGAUUACUAGCUUUACUGGAAGUACUGUCCGGUGAAAAAUUGCCGUUGGAAAAAGGACGAAAUUUGAGGAGACCACACUUUCUCAGCAAUGCCAAUACUGCACUUCAAUUUUUACAAAGCAAAAAAAUCAAACUAGUGAAUAUCAAUUCGUCAGACCUCGUAGAUGGUCGACCUCCAGUAGUGCUAGGACUCAUAUGGACCAUAAUCCUCUACUUCCAGAUUGAAGAAAAUACCAGAGCUUUAGAAUAUCUGGGCCAAACCUGGGGAAGCCAAAGCAGUCUUGAAAGCAUUGGAACUCAAGGUUCAGCUGCCAGUGAAAGAAAACGUCAGAGUAGUGAAAAAUGGAAACAGGGAGCUCGAAAAACAUUACUUCAGUGGGUCACCAAUGCACUACCAAAGGAUAUGGGGAUUCAAGUCAGAGAUUUUGGAGCAAGUUGGAGAGAUGGUAUAGCCUUCCUAGCCAUUAUCGAUGCCAUCAAAGCCAAUUUGGUCAACCUGGCUGAAAUGAGAGCAGAAUCCAACAGAACUCGACUCGAAACGGCCUUCCAGGUUGCAGAAAUGGAAUUAGGAAUUGCACGUCUUUUAGAUCCUGAGGAUGUGGAUGUUCCCCAACCGGAUGAAAAAUCCAUUAUGACCUACGUGGCUCAAUUUUUGCAUAAAUAUCCAGAACCAAAAUCUACUGGACCUGACUCCUUUGCUGCAAUCCAGCAGGAAUAUGAUUCCUUGUUAGGAUGGCUGAAUGAAAGGAGCCGAUAUUUGGAACAACUUGAUAGAACCAACUCUUUGCCUCUCAAUUACUCUGAGUAUGCAGUCUUCAAAGGGGAGGUGGAUGAGAGACUACCGAUUUAUAAGAAACUUCAGAGCUUAGUUGAUACACCAAGCAUGAUCAGCAUUACCCGGGAUUCUUGGAAACAUAUCCAAAGUUUGUGGAAGAAGUUAGAAUUGCAGAUGCUACGAUGGUUGUGGUUCUUAGAUUCCGCCCUUCCAGGAGAAUUAGGUGAUUUGGGAAAAUGGCUGGCUCGAGCAGAGAUGAUUUUGAAUUCAGAUGAAGACAUCCCAGAAGAAAUGACAGAGGAAACUGCCAGCAUUAUUUCGAACAAACUGGAGGACCACAAAAAAUUUUUCCUCGAUUUGCCUACUAUAACUGAAAAAUUCCAACGAGCUAAAUCUUCAUCUCUUGCGAGACAAAUUUCCCCAGAACAAUUGGAGAAUAUGUCCUCAAGAUUCAAUAGUCUUCCAUCUCGAGCUGCCAAGAGGAGAAUUAAACUCAAGUUCUUGGAGCAUAAAUGUUGCCUUAUUGCAUUCCUCUUCCUUGUGGAGACGAAGCUAAAGGGCUGGAGCAUAAAGUAUGGUACAGAGGAAAAGGUUCAUGAUAUGCUUGAGCAAUACAGAAAUUUCGUAUCUAGAAACAGAAUAUUUCAGGAGUUCCAAAAGGCCUAUUUGGACAUGCAACAGGUCGUCGAUGAAUACAAACGAGAAGGAGAUGUUGACCGCGAAGAAAGUUUGAGUAUUGAUCGUUUCAUGAGGGAAACUGGCGAUAAGUGGAAGAACGUAUCUAUGGAUCUUCGUUGCGUGCAAAGCAUGCUCGAGGAAGUGGUCGCUUAUUGGCGUCGGUGGAGGAUAGUUUCUGACGAAUUUGAAGCUUGGCUGGCUAAAGCUGAACCGGCUUUAAACUUCGCGGAAGAAGAAAAAAUGGAGUUCUUCCAGGAUAUUAGUGUGUGGAAGGAUAAAUACCAACAGCUUUCAGACACUGUCAGUUUCCUGAUUGCUACUUCUGAUGAACAGGUGGCGCUCAGAUUGAAAGACAGAUACGUGAGCUUAAGCUCGAGAUGGGAAAGACUCUUCCAAGAAGCAAAACAAUACAUGCAUGCUGGAGAUUUAUUGCGGAACAGAAAAGAUUAUAGAUCAGGAGUUGAAACUCUUCAAACUUGGUUGCGAAAUGCAGAAGCCGAUCUCUCCACUACUCAACUGACAUCAACUGAAAAAAUCAAGGCAUACGGAGAAAGAUUGAAAGAACUCCAUGAAGAAGUCGAUGGCAUCGAGGAACUGUUCAAGAACAUCAGUAGAAAGUUCCAAACCUUGAUUCAAGAUCUAUCAAGAGAUGAGGUAGAUAAGAUGAUGAACACCUUGAAAAAAGAAAAGGAAUCCCUUGUCAGAGUUCGAGCUCUGAUUCCUAUGCAGCUACAUCUCUAUCAUCAGCUGCUGGUUCAGCAAGAAUCACUAGAAGCUGGCCAACGAGAAAUCUCUACUUGGUUAGAUGAAGCUGAACGCUUAUUGGCUAGUUAUAAUCUUUCUGGAGGAAGAGACUCAGCCCUGGCACAACUUGACCGCCACAAGGCUUUUUUUUCCAGAAGUUUGUACUACAAAUCUAUGUUAGAAUCGAAAAAUAAAGUGUUUUCUAGCAUCGUCAAGUCUGUUGAUGCUCAUGCAGAUGUCAACAGAGCGGAAGGAGGAACUGAGCUAAGACAACUGAAUGAGCGAUUUUCUAAGGUCUACCAAUUUGCUCAGGUCUGGGAACAAAAACUUCAGGAAGCUGUUCGCUGUUGGACCAAAUUCAGAGAGUGUGAGAGACAGAUCUCUGAAUGGCUUUCAGCUGCCGAAACUCUGAUUAACGACAAACAUAUUGACAAUCGACAAUCUGUUGAGUAUCACAAAAAUUUCUUUGGAAAAGUUAACGAAAGAUGGAUUCUAGAUCUCGUGAAUGCUGGUCAUGACCUAAGGAAUUCUUUACCAGUGGAACAACAAGAUCCAAUUGUAGAAGCUGUUGAUGCUCUGCAGAGACGCUGGAAAGAAGUUUUGUCUUUUGCACCUCUGCAUCUGAUGAGACUUGAAUUCAGACUUGACGAAGCAGCUUUUGCUCAGUAUCUGAAGGAGAUUGAAAUGGAGAUUAAUUCGGAACAGCAGGCUCUUAUCAAGAAUGAAGAUGUGGGGACUAUUCUUCAAAGGAAUAAGGAGUUCUUUGUCAAUCGUGGAAUUGUUGUGCAAGUUGAACGUUGUUUGCAGUCUUUGAAGAAAAUCAGUAGUGCGUAUGUUCAGGUUCAGCCUGAUGAUAAUUUCUUGGGCGAAACUACUCAAAGAGCUGAGAGGUUGUGGGAGGACGUGGCUCAAAGAGUUGAGCAUUUGAGAGAGCAACUUCGUCAAGUUCCCGAACAAUGGGCUGCGUACAGGCAAAAGUUUAACGAAAUGGUUAGAUGGAUGGAUCAAGUUGACUGCACUUUGAGAACUAUCUUGCAAGAGGUAACUUCAUUAGAAGAAUUCGAAAAGGAAAAAACUGUCUUCCAGAACGUCUGCCGCGAAGCUGACAAUCAACGAGAGGCGAUGAAGUGGUUGGUUCAAACUCUGGACAGCCUCACAUCGAACCGAUCUGAUCAUGAAGCAAUAACCGAGCAAAAACAUCUUGAACAAUUAAUAACUCGAUACAAAAACUUGAUACCAACCAUAGAAAUUACCAUGACCAAGACAGAAAUUUACUCCAAGAGUUACACUUAUCGCAAAGAAGUUCGAGAAGUUUGUACUCUUCUUCAUAAAGUUCGAGAGCAGUCCACAGUUCCCUCAGCAAUGGAAACUCCAGAGAAGAUUAAAGAUGCAGUAAAGCAUCAGGAAACUCGUAUCAAUCAGUUGGAACAACAGAGAGCAAAUAUUGUCAGCAUGUUACAACGCGGAAAAGAUCUUCUGAAAGAUCAGCAUGCCCCAUCCUUCAUCUCGUCAGAAGUUCAACAAUUAGAAUCUAGCUGGAACGAAACUUACGGCCAGAGCAUGGAAGCCUUAAAGAAUUUGAAGGUAUCUGAAAAAUUAUGGAGUGCUUACGAAGAGCAAAAGGCGGAGAUCUUAAGACUCAUUUCCCAAGCUGAAGAUGAGCUGAAAAAUAUUAGAACCGCUGGAUACUAUGAAGCUUCCCGAAUACAAUCAGACCUUCAAAAACAGGAGAAGUUUAGCUCCUCUCUGCGAAAAGAUGCGUCAGAUAUGUUGAGGAUGUUGAGAGAGACUCAUGAAAGUUUGUGCGAAGUUACUCCGCCCGAAAGACAGCCUCAGCUGACUAGAGAGGUACAUGAAACUGAGAAGAAACUGGAAGUCAUUUUGGAGAAGGUAGAGAUGAAAGUUAUUGAGCUGAAGGAGUACAAUGUCAGAUGGAAUACCUUCCAAAAUAAACUGAGUGACCUCAAAACCUGGACUCAGCAGAGUGCUCCACAAUCCAUUGCCAAUAUCGAUGCAUCUACAUCACCUGAAGAGCGAGUUCGCAAAACUGAGAUUCUGCAAAAACAGAUCCAUGAAAAAAUAACGAUUUUGAAGACCCUCGAGCAAGAGUCGACCAUUCUUAUUUCAACUGAUGCUACACAUCCAGAAGCUCAGCAGUUGAAGGAAAAUAUAAAAAAGAUUAGACAGCAAGUUGAGGCCUUGAAUAAAAGUAUUGCCGAACAGAAAGAUUUGGAAGCUCAGAAUCUAGAAACCUGGAAAGAAUACGAGGUUAGUAUUCAGAAAUUGAAACCUUGGAUAGAAGAAGCUGAAUCUAGAGCUACAACUCUUGGAGCCAAGCCAACAACUUUAGUUCAAGCAACUGAAAUGCUUAGAGUUGCUAAAGAAUUCGAGAAACGAUGUGAUCAAUAUGUGCCCCAACUUCAAGAACUCACUCAGAUAAGUCAGCAUAUUGCUGGUAAGGUGGCUGCGCCUGAUGAAGUUGAUGCAGUAAAUACUCGUUGGAAUUCAAUUCAUGAUGUAGCUGUACAAACAACCACGAAGCUAGAUAAGCUGGUUUCUUCUUGGAAGACCUUUGAACAAGAUGCUAAACAGUUUAAUGAGUGGUUACAGAAAAGCGAGAAGAUGUCCAUGGCUGAACUAAAUAUCCAAACACCAGAGGUUAGCAGACUGGAGCAAGAACUUAUAAGAAUGAAGGAUUUUAAUAAGGAUAUUUCUGAUCAUCAGGCUCAGCUGAUUUCCCUUACUCAAGUCUCGGAUCAUAUCAGUCAUGGAUUAUCUAUCGAAGGGGCAACGAACUUGAAAAGCAGAGUUUCAGAGAUGAAGUCCCGAGUCAACAAAUUGGCAGACACGGUUAGACAUCAGAUAAAUAGAGCAUCAGAUGCUCUUCUUGCAAGGCAGGAAUUCCAGAUAAAAAUAACUGAUUUUGAGAAUUGGAUGAGCAGACUUAGGUCAAACACUGCAGAGAUCAGUGAUGUUGAUAUCGGUAAUGUAGACACCAACCUACAGGCAGUGCAUGCCUUCCUACAGGAGCAUUCUGAGAAGCAACCAAACUAUACUGCUAUUUAUGAUGAAAUUAAAAGUCUGAAAGCUUUAAGCUCUUUGCAAGAAGCUGAAGCACUUGAUGAAAUUUACACUUCUUUAGCUGCGAAAUACAAGAACCUGGAAGAUGAUCUUCAGCAAAAGAAGAAGGGUUUGGAAAAGUGGGCCGAGCUCCUAAGUUGGAGAAAUGAAGCAAGUGCUCAGCUGAGUCACUGCAAGUAUCAAUCAGAAGCCAGAAAACCCACAAUCACUGAUUUGGAAAGCAUCUCAUCAGAGUUGCAAGGUGUGCAAUCAAAAAUAAGUUUCUGGAAGGAGCAAGUUCCAAUGGUAGAUAGUGCCUUAGGUGUCCAUGUUCGUGAUGAGCAAGCGGAACCUCUAACAGCAUCUGCUUUGGUUAAUAAUUUAGAAGUCCAAGCUGUGACCUUAAGAAAUGAGCUAGCCACGAAGAGAGAUAAGCUUGAAAGCCUUGGAGCAAGAUGGGAUAAUUUCAGAAAACUGCAACAAAAGAUUAGUGAAGAGAUUGUUGGUACUCAGACCACUCUUCAAGAAGUUAUUUACAAAGUUGACACCUGUGAGAAACUGUCGCCAACCGUAGAGACAAUCAAUGAUCUGAUCGAACAACAUCAACAGUGUGUAAAUGAUAAAGCUCAGUUGCACAGAGAAGGUGAUAAUCUCUUAAGAGAAGAUCAGAGAGCAAUGACCAACAUUCAAGUAGUCCUAUCAUCAGUUGAUGCCAAUUGGGAGAAGGUAAAUGAACUUCUCUAUGAAAAUAAGAGGAAGUACGUCGAAAUGGACAAUGAUUGGCGACAGUACCAAGAAGCCAGGGAGAAGUUGCGCAUUCUCAUAGAAGAGUCGAACAAUCUGUGCCAAUCUGCAAAAGAAGUUCCAAACGAUAUAACCCAGGCUACAGUUGUCUUGGAUAAAUAUAAGAGAGAACUGGAAACUUUAAAGAGGGGUAAACAGUUCCUUGAAAAGAUGGAAGUGAAAGGCCAGCAGAUUAUCAAAGAAGCUUCGCUGAUGCCUUCGUUCAAAACAGAAUCGAUUGAAUCUGAUUUGUCUAAAGUGAGGAAAGAGUACCAAAAGAUAUAUUCGAACCUGGUAGAGAAAACGCAAAUUUCCGAGACCCAAGUGGUUAUUUGGAAGCAAGUUGAUGAAGCGAAAUACGAACUUACUAGAUGGUUAAGUGAUACAAAUGAAGUAUUUACUUCAGCCAUCGAACGUCUGUCAGAUGCUGAAGCUGGCCAAGCUCGAUUGGCCAAAUACUAUGAGGAGCUUCCAGCCUAUCAAGUAAUUCGUAAAGGAAUUACCAAUAAGACAGAGCAGCUUGUUAAGUUAAACAACAGUGCUGAAAUACCUACGCUAAGUGCUCUCAGUCAGCUUCUCGAUGAUGAAUUUAAAGUUGUUAAGGAAUCAGCAGAUAAGUUGGAAUCCUUGACCUCAACUUUAAGUGAUAAAGAGAAAAGCAUUCGUCAAGAGUUGAAGAAGUCGAGUGACCUUAUUUCCAAAAUUCGAGAAGACAUUAUCAAGUGUGAUGAUCUUACGGGAGAGAAUACGAAAAUCUUAAGUAGAAUCAACAAAUGCCAGAAGUUGAAGCAAGAGCUAGAAAAAUGUGACUACUCUCUGUCAGAGAUUGAUGAGAAAUUAACAGAGAUGGCUGCUAACUAUCCUUCAAUUUCAAGAUCUAGUUUACCUAAAGAACUUCAAGCUCUCCAGCUUAGAAGAGAUGGAGUAGCAAGUCAUGCUGAUAAGGUGAACGCGACCUUGGUUGCAUUUUUGACAAAGCUCUAUCAUGAGAAAUUUGGAGCUCUUCAGAGAAUGGUCGCAGUGCAUAAAGAAAAGAUAGCCUGGUGCGAACCUGAACAAAGCAGCGACAAGUAUAAUCUCGAAGUCAAGAUGACAUCCCUAAAUGAUGUGGCUAUUGGAAUUGCUGAUUGCGAUGCUAGGAAAACUGAUAGUGACUACUUUUUGAAAUUAUUAGAAACUGUCGAAAGCGUUGAGACCAUGACAGGUUUACAUGCUGAGCGGGAGAAAGUUUCAAGUGAUCUUGAGAACUUGAAGGGUAAUUAUGCAAAUAUCAAAGAUAUUUUAGAGAGCAAUAUUGCAUUAUGGCAACGUUACGAAAGAACUUCAGAGAACGUUGUUUCCUGGUUGAAAGAGAUAGAGAGUAAAAUCAGAAUAGAGGGGUCCUCUUUGAUCAAUCCUCCAGAAAUUGAGGCUAAGAUUGAGGAAAUAAAUAGCUUAAAAUGUACCGUUUCAGAGUUUCAGAGUGAAUUGGCUGAGUUAGCUAUAGUGGGUGAUCAGAUAGCGCAGGUCAGUCCAGAAUCUAGAGUUGCACAGUUCGUCGCGCAUUUGAAUGCAAGAUACCAAACAAUCCAGAAGUUCCUCAAUCAGCAACUGAAGAAACUUGAAGAGCUGAAAGCCACACGAGAUCAGUACAAGUCAAGUGCAAAAGAACUGGAAAAUUGGCUUACAGAUGCUGAAAAGAAGCUAAAUGCCUUUGAUGAAAUCAGUGGACCGAAGCCCAUCACCUUUUACCAGAAUAAACUGAAGGAGUUGAAGACCUUCAAUGAAAACCGGGAAGUAGGCCAGGGAAUUUUGAACCAAACAGUUGAAGCUGGAGAGAAUUUAUACUCCAAGAUCAAUUCUAAUCAUCGAGAAAUCAUUCGAACAGAGUUGAGAAACCUUAGGAAUAGAGUUGAUGCUUUAGCUGAUCGAGUGAGCACCACUUAUAAGAAGAUUGAAAGUGACAUGAUGCAUAGAUCUUCCUUUGAAGAUAAAUACACUCAGGUGAAACGAUGGGUGGUCGAUGCUCAAACGAAGCUAACUGAAAUGCAAGAUCUGCAUCCAACUCUUCAAGAAAAGAAGUUAGCUCUUCAUUCAUAUAGAGCGAUUGCUCAAGAUGUAGCUCUUCAUAAGAAUAUUUUACAACAAUUGCAGGAACGUUUGGGUAAUGUAUCUGAUGAAGAAUCAAGUGAUAUGCUCAGUAGUAUUAUUGAAACUUAUGAUAAACUCUCUGAUAAUGUAGAAGGAAAAGUGAAUAUAGCUGAGAAGCAUGUAUCAAACCAUGAAGCUUAUCUCCAAACUUUCGAGAAAAUGAGGGAUUGGAUAAAUGCGAUUGUGAAUGAAGCUGCCCCAGUUAUUGGCGAUUUAUCAAUCGAAAGAGAUGCUGCUAAAGCAAAGAUCAAUUUAAUAGAUAACGUCCUUAAACAGAAGGAAGAGGGCGAUCAUUUAAUUGAAGAUUGCAAUCAACAGCUCAACAUCAUUCUCGAACAGACUUCCAUAGCUGGACACUUAGCUCUCUUAAAAUGCUUUGAUGAGCAGAAGAAGAUCUGGCAAGAAUUCCUAAUUAAGUCUGAAGCCACUCGAGAUAGGCUGAACCGUCUUUUUGAUCAGUGGUCGGAAUUCCAGAAGAUUAUUGAAGCUCUUGAAGCCUGGACGAAACAAAUGGAGGUUCAGGUCAAAGACCAGAGUUUGAAAAGUACAGAAGAAGCGAAGCAAAAUCAUUUGAAGAAGCUAAAGAAUCUGGAAGAGGAAAUCGCAGCAAAAGGUGGUGAGUUUAAUUCUGCUAUCGAACAAAGUCAAAAUGUGGAAGCUGAAUCUGAUUUGGCAAAUAGAGUUUCAAGACAGGCUACUAAGUACCAAGCAAUCAGAAACCAGGCAAAGGAAGCUGUGACUCGUUAUGAACAAUUUGUAAAAGAACAUGGAGCGUUUAAUGAAAAGUACAGCCAUUUCGUAAAGUGGAUCAAUGUUGUUCAGGAUGAACUAAAGAAGCAUAGUGAAAUAGUCGGGGAUCUAUCUGUUCUUCAAAAUCGUCAGAAGUGUAUUCGAAAUAUGGGAGAUACUAGGACAAAAGAAAAUGCUCGUUUUGAAUCCAUAAUCGACCUUGGAGAAAAACUUUAUACUCACACGUCACCAGAAGGUCGUGAAAUAGUAAGACAACAGUUAAGGAACUUAAGAACACUCUGGGAUGGAUUUUCAGAAGAUUUGCAAUCAGCAACCCAGAAACUUGAUCAGUGUUUGAUGCAAUUUGCUGAGUUUUCACUUUCACAGGAACAACUCACUGCUUGGUUGCGAGAUGUUGAGAGGGCAAUGCAUCAGCAUACAGAGUUGAAAUCAACUUUGGAAGAAAAAAGAGCUCAGUUGCAAAAUCAUAAGAUCAUGCAUCAAGAGAUCAUGUCCCAUCAAACCUUGGUGGAAUCAGUUUGUGAUAAGGCUCAGCAGCUGGUUGAUCAAACGAAGGACACUUCUUUAAAUGUCUACCUGCAGUCGAUCAAACAGUUAUUCCAGAACAUAGUUUCGAAGUCUCGUGAUUUAUUGGACAACUUAGAGGAUUGUGCUGAUAAGCAUAAUCGAUUCAAUUUGAAAUGUAUUGGAUUUAGUGAUUGGCUAACCGGAGAAAGUGAGAAGCUGGUUGAUUGCAACGAUGUUUCUGGGGAGAGGAGUGAAAUUUCUCGAAGAUUAGCUACACUUGCUGUAUUAUCUGACGGGGAAAAUAAAGGAAAAGAAUUUUUGAAGGAAUUACAGAACCUUGCAGUUGCAGUAAUUAAAAGUACAGCUCCUAAGGGUCAGGAGGCUGUAAAUAAGGAGCUAGUUGCAUUGGAAGCUAGUUUAAAGCAAUAUCUAAGUGAAAUUGAAUCGGCAAAGACUCAACAGAAUGCAGCUAUGGAAAAAUGGCAGGACUUUGAGGAUCAGCUGGAAGCCCAUACAAGCUGGUUCCGUGGAAUGGAAGCAGCGUUUAGGGAUCAGCAAUUACAGCCCACUUUGAAAGAGAAGGAAGACCGCCUAAAUGCCUUUAAAGAAAAACGUGAAAUCAUUCUUAAACAAGAAAAAGAGAUAGAUCAUUUUGUUGACAAAUCUCAUGGUCUUCUAAAUUCAAGUGGGGUCGAACGAAUCAAGCCUCUGAUCUCUCAAAUCAGCAAUAGGUAUCAACAACUGCAUGCUUUGAGUAAAGAAGUCAUCAGUCGUAGCCAGAGCAUCCUAGACGACCACAAAGCCUACAAAGAAAGAUUAGAGGCUAUAGAUGCUUGGCUGACUCCACUCGAACAGAAUCUUGAUGUCCUGAAGAAAGAAGAAAUUGGAGGAAAUUUGGAAGCAAAAGGUCCAAAGUUGCAAGUUCUCUUUACAGAACGUGAACAGGCAGAGCAUCGUUUAUCAGGAUUGACAGCAGCUGGUGAAAGGAUUCUUCCUGAUACUUCUGCUCAAGGCCGAGAACAAAUCCGACAAGAAUUAAGAAAAGCCAGAGAAAGAUGGGACAGUUUGGCUGAUGGAAUUCUGGAACAACAGAAGAAACAAGAUGCACAGAGUCUCCAGUGGUCGAGUUACCAAGAAACCCUACAACAAAUUUUGUCCUGGCUCGAUGCAAUGGAAAGAGCGAUGAAACAAGAUUCUGGAAAUGGUUGGACAUCCUUACAGGAAGUUCGAUCAAAAUUGUUGAAGAACAGAGCUAUGCAUCAGGAGAUACUUUCCCACAAAAGAAUUAUCGAAGGUGUUUCUGAAAAGGCAAACGCCUUAGCUCAAGUCUCCCAAGCGCCAAUAGACAUUCAAAAAGUGGAUUCAGUUUCACAAAGAUACGAGAAAUUGGUAGAGGCUUCACAAAAAGGAAUAGCAAACUUGGAAUCAGUUGUCGAUAUGCUACAACAGUUCCACGAUUUGCAGAAGGCUUAUCAAGCCUAUCAGAAACAGCAGUGGGAAACUCUGUCAAACUGUAGUGACUCUACAGGAAACAAAGCAGCUCUCCAGGCUAGACUAUUAACAGUUAUUGAGAUUCAGGAUAAUCUUAAUGAAGGAGAAAUGAAACUAAAUCUGUUGGAGAAACACGUUGCUCAAAAUUCUCGAAUUUUGUCACCAAGAUCACAGGAAUCGAUGGAAAGGGAUUUAAAUAAUCUGAGAUUUGAGAAUAAGAAAUUUUCCAAUGCAGUAAGUGAUGCUGUUCGCUGUAUUGAGGAGAGGAUUCAGCAAUGGAGUGAAUACGAAAAUUCAUUGGAACGAUUGCUUCUUUGGCUGUCUGAAGCUGAAAAUUCACUUAAAAAUUACUCCUUGAAGAACACAAUCGAAGAGAAACAAGAGCAACUUGAAAAGUAUCAGGAUCUCCUAAAGAUUAUGGAAGUUCGGAACAUCGAUGCAAUGGAAUUGGUGGCUCUUGGUGACCACCUUGAUCAAUCUCUGCUAGUGAAUCUGAGGCAGAAUGAAGCUGAGUUUGAUAAGAUGAGUGACGAUUCAUCAGAUCUGAUUCAAAUCAGUGGAGAGACGAGAUUUUCUGCUAGUGUCCAGCAAGUGACUUCUAGAUUCCAGUCAAUUCAAACAACUGCAAAGGAAUUAGUAAAAAAAUGCGAGCAAGCAACCUCGGAUCACGCAGCCUAUUUAGAGCGAUACAAAGAAUGUUUGGAACGUCUAACGGCUGCGCAGCAACGAUACCAAGCGACCCGAGACAACAUAUCCGGAACACGUGAGGAAUUGGUCGCACACAUUGAUACUCUCAACGAGUUACUCACGAGACAAGCCUCAUUGGCAUUGCUAGUAAACUCGACAGUAGAAGCCGGUGAACGUCUUUAUCCCACCACAGGCAACGAAGGAAGAGAAAUAAUUCGCCAACAGUUGCUGGACCUUCAACAGGCCAUUGAGUCUCUUUACGAUGGUGUAACCUCGACCGAACGAGAAAUUAGAGCAAAAAUCUUCUGCUGGUCCGGAUUUGAUGAAUGCAGUGAAGCAUUUGAAAAAUGGCUCAAGGUCGCAGAAACUCAUUUGAAACCCGAAAUGGAAUUAAAGAAUACUCUGGACGAAAAGCGUGCACAAUUGCAGAUCUACAGAACAUUUUUGCAUGAUGCUCAACUCCAUCAGCAAGAUAUAAUAAAUCUUCGCGACAAGGCUGAUAAUCUACCAGAUAGGACAGAUAAGAUCGAUAAUAUCCUGAAGGAAUUGGGAGAGAGACAUGCGAUAGUCUUAAAACGCGCUGUUGGAUUUGUGGAAAAAUACGAGGCAAUUGUCAGUGACCAUCAGCAAUACAGCAAAGCCGUUCUAGAUACCCAUGAGUGGCUUGACGCAACUCACAAUGCUGUCAAUCUUUGGGGUGACGCGGAAAUUGAAAGAGUGUCCCUCCAUACAAAUCUCGAUCGCUUGCGAAAUCUUCUGCAAACUCUACCAGAGGAAGAGCCAAGGAUUCGACAAAUUCGGAACCUUGGUGAAAAAGUCAUACCAGGAACCUUAGAAAGUGGUCAAGUCAAUAUUAGAUCGCAAAUCGAUUCAUCACAGCAGGAAUGGGAAAGUUUAGUUUCAGCUGUUAAGUGCACAAUGGAGGCUUUAGAAUCGAAACUUCAACAAUGGAAUGAGUUCGAAGCCUCGAAAGAAAGAUGCCUUACCUGGAUUCGAGAAACGGAUACCAAACUUCACGCAGUAGAUUUGAAAUCAACUCUUGCAGAAAAGAACGACCAGUUGGAAAAACUGAGAGUCUUGCAAGGAGAAGUUCGAGCUAAGGAACUCGAAAUUGACGCUGUUUCUGAAAGAGCUCAAUUAUUACAUAAGAACUUGACUUCGAGAACUUCACACACAUCCGAAUUGGGUGUUAAGUAUCAGCAAAUAUCAUGCAAGGUCAAAGAACUGAAUAAUCGUUGGCAACAGUAUGUCACCAGUCACCAAGAAUUUUCUAGCAAACUUUCAGAGUGUUCAGCUUGGCUGGAGGACAUCAAGAAUAAAUUGGCCUAUUGUUCUGAUUUGAGUACUUCAAACCAGAAAGAUUUAGAGAAGAAAUUAGAAAUGAUUCAUGAUAUGCUGCUUUACAAGGAUGAUGGUUUUGCGAAGGUUCAGUGCAUUGUCGAAUUAGCUCAAGUGGUUUUAGCGAACACAGCACCGGCAGGUCAUCAAGCAAUUAACGAUGCACUGGCUAAGCUUCAAGAGCGAUGGCGAUCCCUAGCUUUAAAGAUGAUAGAAACCAAGACUAAUUUAGAUGAUUCUAUUAAUAAAUGGGCUGGCUUGUUGGAGCAAAUCCAGUCUAUCAAUAAAACUGUUGAAUACAUGCAAACAUCUGUUGACGACAUUUCACAGUUCCAGACAACGAUGUCUGAAAAACGAUCACAGUUGGAGAGAGUGAAGGCUCUCGAGGAAAAGGUUCGUUGUGAAAAUAUUGAAGUUGAUAGCCUGAAGAGCAAGGUUGCUGAAAUGAUAGCCAGUGGACAGCAAAGUCUAGCUGCCUCUGAGGCUCAGGAGAUACUCAAUAAGUUUGAUGCCUUAUUUGAAAGGAUUAAAUCUUUAUUGGCUGAAAGGCAGGAUCAGUAUAAGGAUCACCGACUUUAUAAGGAAGCGCAUGAUGAUUUGAUUGGCUGGCUAAGUCGAGCGCGAGAAAAGAUACCAUCCAUGAAACAACGAUCUCUAAGUGACAAGUUGGCUAUUGAGAAUGCAGUGGCUCCACUUGAGAGUUUACUGAAUAAAAAAGCACAGGGUGAGUUGCUGGUUGAACAUCUCCAACAUACUGGAAACGUUGUAUGUGCAAGUACUAGUUCCCAAGGUCAAGAAGUGAUUCGAAAUGAAAUGCGGGCUUUAACUGAAAGCUUUGAAAAUUUGUUUAAAGAUAUCAAACAUCAAAAGGAUCAACUUGAAACAACGGUUAGCCAAUGGCGGGAUUACAAAGACGAAUAUGAGCGAAUUAGCGAUUGGCUUCAGCAGAUUGAUAUCCUUAUCAAGGCACAGAAAAAUUCACUUUUACCUACUGUCCAAGAAAAGGAAAAACAGGUCCAGGAAGUUAAAGAUAUUUUAAAUGACCUUACGAAGGGUCAAGAUCAAAUCGACAAGUUCAACAAGAUAGCUUCCGCGCUUUUAACAACACAAUUGGAUACCUAUAUAAAUAACCAGCUUCGCCAUCUUAACUCACGUUAUCAGGUACAAGUGAAUCUUGCUAAAGAUGUCCUCAAUAAAGUUGAGACCAACUUCGCUCAACAUAAAGAAUAUGAAACGAAUCUUGGCAAGGCUCGUGACUGGAUAGAAAAUGCAAAACAGAUUAUUCGACAAGGGACAGAAGCUGCUUCAACCAGCAGUCGAGAAGAGUUCCAAAGCAGAUUAGACCAAAUUCAGGAGCUUCUGCGAAAACGAGAGGAAGGUCAAAAUUUAGUUCACCUCACUGUAAACUGUGGCGAAAAGGUAAUGAGAAAUACAAGAUCAGAUGGACGCGAAGAAAUCGCAGUUCAACUUAAGGAAAUUCAAAACGACUGGGAGCGACUAGUGAAAAAGAUUUCCACGACAAAAGUUCACCUAGAAACUAGUCUUCUUCAAUGGGCUGAUUACAGUUCCUCCUACUCUCAACUCCAGCAAUGGAUUAACGAUCGAGAAGCAAAAUUACAGCAAGUCUGUGAGCAAAAGGUAUCGAAAGCCAGAAAAGGUUUAGCUGGUCUUAGUUCACUUGCAAUUGGAGAACGAAAAGCGAAUCUUCGCCAGACCAAUAGCAUUGUUCAAGAUAUUGUAGCUUUCGAGCCAAUGAUACAAUCAGUUACGACUAAGGCAGAAGAUCUUCAACAAGCUACACCAGCUACUGAGAUUUCAAUAAAGUACGAAACUCUCAGUAAACAGGCUCAAGAGCUUUAUGCUAAACAGAAAGAAACAGUAGAACAACAUCAAGCUUUUAUUGACAGUGGUAAUGAAUUCAUUCAGUGGAUUCGAGUGGCUAAGGAAAGACUUGGAAAGUGUUCUGAACCAACUGGAGACAAAGAAUCUCUGGCCAGUAAAAUUACACAACUGAAGGUUCUUGAGAGUGAAUUGUCCGAGGGGCAGAAGAAAUUGGAAAAGGCUCUUGAACAAGGAAAUCUUGCUUGCCAUAUCGCUGAUGCUGAUGAUAAAGAGAUUAUUGAAGAGGAAGUUGCUCUGCUUCAAGAAGAAUAUGAUAAUUAUAUAGACUCAUUGAACAACACGAAGAGCUUGCUGGAAAUAGGUAUAGUGAAAUGGACAGAGUACGAAGAUCAGUAUUCCGAAGCAGCAGAAUGGCUGACACAAACCCAACAACUGGUCCAAUCAUUCAACAAACUUCAAGACAGUCUUGAAGAGAAAAAGAAUGUUCUGGAGCAGUUCCAGAUUCAUCUUCAAACUCUCUUUGAUUGGCAGAGGGAGCUGGAUCGCCUGAAUAUGAAAGCCCAAGCUCUUUUAGAAACUUGUGCAGAUACACGAAUAUCCAAUGCAAUUACGCAACUGACCACGAAGUACAAUGCUAUUUUAUCUCUCGCUAAGGAAAUUAUGCGCAGAUUGGAGUUGCACUAUCAGGAACAUCAACAACACAAUACUUUGUAUCAAGAAUGCCAGGACUGGAUCGAAAGAACUCGCGAUAAACUUGCUGAAUGCAAAGAUAUCCCAAAUACUCUCACAGAGGUGAACAACAAACUACAGACUUGUAAGGCUAUUCGUCAAACUCUCGAGCAGGGACAAAACAAGCUUCGUUAUGCACUUGAGCUAAAAGAAAAAGUCAUCAUGAAUACAGAACAAAAUGGAGCAGCAAAGAUUCAGGAAAACACUGAAAAUCUGAAGGCUGAUUUUGACAAACUGUUAUUUGACGUUGAAGAAGCUAGACAAAAACUGGCUGUGAGAGCCAGUGUCCUGGAGGAACUGAACAAGAUACAUCGUUUAAUAACAGACUGGAUUGAGGAAGAUGAAAGCAAAGUCCAGUUGGAUGAAGUCUUCAGAAAUGAUCUUAGUGAGAAGCGAGCUUUGCUUGAAAAAUAUAAAACUGUUCAGAGGGAUGUUCAAGGACACAGUGAAACUAUCGAUAAAUUGAAGUCAAAAUUGGCUGAAGAUGCUAGCAUUCCUAGGGCUUCAUGUGAUGAGACAAUUGGAAAGUAUGAAGAACUGCAAAAACUUGUUGCCCAAAAAAUAAAGAAUCUUGAUACCCAGGUAAAAGAGCAUGAGAGCUACCAACAAGCCUACAACGAAGCAGCAGAUUGGGUUCGAACCACGAAGGUAGAAUUACAGCAACAUAGUAUAACCCAUGGUGAAAGAGGUACAGUAGUUGAUCGAGAAAAAAAAGUGAACCAAAUCAUCCAUUCACUACCAAAAGGUCAAUCCCUGAUUUCAAAAGUCAUCGAACUUAAUCAAGCAGUCGUUUCAACAACUGGACCUGAUGGUCAGGAAUCAAUCAAUCAAGAUAUGAAUCAACUCCAAACAGAUUGGAAUAGUCUGCAGUCUCAAUGUCAUGAAUCACAAAACAUUCUUUCCAACUGUAUAAUUUCCUGGUCACAAUUCACAAGUGCUUUAAAUGGCAUGAAGCAAUGGAUUGAUCAAUUCCAUAAGAAGAUUAGUGAAGAACAAGUGAAAGAAAACAAAACUCCAGAGGAUUUGGCCAGGUGUAAAAAACUCGUAGAGGAAGCUAUGAAUCAGAAACCAGUUCUUGAAGACUUGAAUGAUAAAUGUGAAAGUUUGAUGGAGUUGAGUGCUUGCAGUUGGGCGAGGGACAAUACUGUACAGCUUCAGGCUGAAUACACUUCUCUUCUAACGGAUGCUCAAGGAUUAGUUUCUAAAGUUGAAAAGAAUCUUUCGGAUCAUACAGAGUUCUUGAAGGCUAAGAAAGAAUUGGAAGAAUGGCUACAAACUGCUCAUGGGUCGGUUCAAGAUUGUGUUGGAGUUGGAGACAUUUCUUGGGCUAAGGACAAACUGGAAACUAUCAGGCUGGUAUCUACAAGAAUCACUGAAGGUCAACAUUUGCUAUCAACUCUACAAAAUGCUUUUGCGAAAGCAAUCAACACUGCCUUGCCAGAACAACAGGACCAGCUCAGAAACGAUAUGGGAGCUUUGAGGUCGAGUUGGGAGCAACUAAGUAUUGAUCUCAACACUGUUCAAGCUCAGAUAAAGUCAGUUAUGAACCGCUGGGAGGAUUAUUCAGAUGCUCAUGAUAGAUUCGAGCAAUGGCUAUCAGAGACCGAAGAAACUUUAAACGUUUUGCCAGAUACCAAGGGUGAAUUUGGUGAAAUGAAGACCUUGCUCGAAAAAUGUAAGCACUUGACUGAAGAAUUCAAAAGCAAAAAGUCCGACCUUGAUCAUCUGCUUACUGAAGCUCUUGAACUUUCCAAAUGGUCAAAUGAUGACACUACACGAAAUCAAACAAGCCUUCUUGAAUCUCGAUGGGAAGCUCUUGGACAACGAGUGGAAGAACAGAAGAAAUUAUUUGAAGAAGAGGUUCAAGUAUACAACGCUUAUCACUCAGCUCUUCAAGAAACUGAGAAGUGGCUCUUGCAAACCUCUUUUCAACUAAUGUCCCACAAUUCUUUGUAUAUCACUAACAAAGAGCAGACAAUCGAUCAAAUCAAACAGCAUGAAAAUCUGUUGAAUGAAAUUCAAAAGUACGAAUCAGUGCUGGAUAAUCUCAAGGCCAAAGGUCAUGGACAGAUUGAUCGAUACGAAUCUGUUAAGCCUUCCAUCAGGCUCACUAUUGAAACUCAACUUCAAAAUGUUCGUGAAAGUUACAAUUCGCUUCUGAAUACUGCUCUGCAAAUUAAAAACAGAUUGGCUGAAUCUUUUGCCAAGUUCCAGGAGUAUGAAAAUACGUUGGAGAGUAUUAUGAACAACUUGGAUAUAUAUGAACCAGAAGUUGCUCAGGAACUUCAGGCACCUCUUGAUACUUUGGAAUCAGCUGAAGAAAGUCUAGAAAGGGCUAGAAUUCUUCAUAAUAAACUUCAAGCUGAGAAAGGAAGACUAGCAGUGGCUGUGGAAGCUUGUGAAGCUGCAGCUGCUUGUCUUUCCAGACCUGGAAGUCCUCUUGAUGCACCUCCGGUGCAAAUUCCGGCCAAAGAAAUCGAGGUUCGAAGUCGCCUUGAAGAUCUCAUCGAUCAGAUGCAAACACAUUUGUCAAACGUGACAAAAUCAGUAAGUGAACUGGAAGAACAGACUCGCCAGAAGAACGCACUUCGAGCCUGGAUAAAUCAGCAGCGAGCCAUAUGUGCAGAAUGGAAAUCAAGACCAGCAAAAUUGAGAGCUGAAGCUGCCCAGGCAGAACUUCAAGCUAUGAACGAUUUGCUUUCUAACGUCGGAGAACGAAGGUCACGAGCAUGGACUGAAUUGUCACUUAUUCCAGAUCAAGACGAUGACAUUGGAGAAAGUUUGAAUAAAUUGGAAACUGAAUUAAUUGAUGCCAUAGCUGGGAAGCAGGCUUCACAAGAUUUGAUUCAGAAGUACAGAAAUCAGGUUCAAGACAUCCACACCUGGUUUGAUAAUCUUUCAAACAAGGUGGAUGUUAUUGAGAAGGGAUCUGGUUUCACGAUUGGACAGAAAAUUUCCUCUGUCCAAGAAAUAACUUCUGAAUUUGAGAGCCAAGGACCGGAAAGAUUGGACGAGGUGAAGAUACUAGGAGACCAAGUGAUGGAUUCAGUCAGCAACCUCGAUUCGCAGCAGAUUGAAGAACAGAUCAAAUCAGUUGAAAGAAGACAUGCUGAUGUUGGUAAAAAACUACAAAGGAAGGCCCAAGUUCUAGAGAUGACAGCCCAGGGUAUUGAAGCCACAAGAAAGGAGAUCGAAGAAAACAGGGACUGGAUCAGUCAGAAGAAACAGUUUACUAGGAUCUCAGAGUCUCUUGGUUUCGAGACCAAAUUAGCUGAAGAAAAACUUCUGGCCCUAAAGGCAACUUUAAAGGAAGCAGAAGGGAAACAGGUGAUAAUUAAUGCUCUCGAAAAACGAGUAGGAAACAUGCAAAAUGAACUAGAAUCUAGUGAACAGCAACAGUUGGAAGUUGACACUCGAUCAUUGCGCGGUGAACAAGUUGAGCUUUGUUCAAUUUUGAGGGAGGAAAUUUCAGCAGCAACUGCAGCAGCUGAAGCUAGAAGAAAAUUUGAAGGUGACCUUGAGAAGGCUCGUGCUUGGAUAAAAUCGAAAAGUAACGAUUUGAAGAAGCUCAGCAGCUAUUUGCCUCUUAAAGCUGGAAAAGUUGAACAAGAUAUAGUCCAGCAUAAUGGUUUGGAAGCUGAUAUAAGGGCCUUCAGUGAGAAGGAACUGAAUGAAAUUCUGAAACAAGGUAAUAAUCUUCUUAGAGAAUGUAAUGAGGAAGAUCGUGAUCGUCUCCAAGGAUCAUUAAAUGAACUGAGUGAGGAGUAUGAACAACUACAGAAGGAAGCUAAAGAGAAGCAGGCUGCACUAACUGAUCUCCUUCAAGGUCGUAAAGCUUUUGAAAAUGAGAUCGAUAAGUGCGAACGAUGGAUUAAGGAAGCUGAGGUUGCUACUUCUUCUGAAUUAAGGAGCUCGAGUGUUGAUGUUCUUCGGGAACAACUUGCGAAGUAUGAUCGUUUGAAGAAGGAAGCUAAAGAGUACGCAGAUGAUAUAGAGAAGAUAACUCAGCAGGGCAAAUCAAUCCUCCCAACAGUAAGUGAUGUUGAUAAACUGGAACUAAAUGAGCAGUUGAAGAAUAUGAAAGAAGCUCAUGGAAGAGUAGCUAAUGUGAUCAACGAGCGAGCAGCAGCUUUGCAAGAAAACAUUGGCGAAGCUGAAGAAGCAGCUGCUCGAGUUGCAGAAGCUGUGCAGUUUAUGACUGAUAUUCGACAAGAACUGCAAGAACUAAACAAACCAAUAGGAUCAAGAGUUGAGGAUGUAGAGGGCAUGCUCGCUGCCUAUGAGAAAAUUCUUGGUGACCUGAAAGACAAUAAAGCCAAGCUCUCUGAUCUUCAGAACGUGAAUGUUGGAAACCUUCAUGGAGUCAUUACUCAGCAAGAUGAUCUGAUAAGUGCCUUAGAGGCACAGAUUGCGAAGCUAAGACAACUUCUUCUUCUCAGACAACAAUUUAUUGCCUUGAUAAAUGAGAUAUUAACCUUCAUUACUAAGUAUACGGAAAUAGUUAGAGAUAUCGAGAAAGGCGGACAGACAACUGAAGAGAAGAUUAAGAAGUAUGAUGAUGUGAUUCUCAAAAUUCAAGAAUGCGAAGCCACUCUUGCAAGUGCAAAUGAUAAGGGUCAACAAAUUGCUGAGGAAGGUUCAGCUGCUGAUAAGAACAAUGUUACUGAUCAACUUCAGUCUUUGAAACAGCAGUUACAGACUUUGAGACGAGCUGUUGAGUCUCAAAGGGAACAACAUGAACUGGCUGCUGCAGAACAUAAACGUCUUGCUGAUGAGUUGGCUGAUAUUCUAGACUGGCUUGAAGGGAAAGAAAAGGACGUGAAGACUCGUCCUCUUUUGGAAAGGAAUUCUGAGAAUGUAGAGGAAGAACUGAAGAAGCACCAGGAGCUUUGUGACGGAGUUAAUGAAUACCUGGAUAGAAUUAGGAAUUUGAAGGAGUCUGUGAGACAUGAAGAUGGUAUGCCUGGUUCCUUGAAAGAGAUGCUUAGUGAAGCUGUCUCUUUGUUGAGUUCAAUGCCCAGAGAACUGGAGGAAAGGGGAAAAUAUUUAGAAAGCAACUUGCAGAUGAGACUGAACUAUGCUGCCUUGGCUGAGAAACUUCACAACUGGGUAAAGGAAGCUGAGAUAAGACUGCAGGGUAAUAAGGAGGGACUUGACUUUGAGAAUAUCUUAAGUGACCUGGAAGAGCACAAGAUUUUCUUUAGUAGUGAGACUUCAAUAAGAGAGCUGGUUUCUCAGCAGAUUCAACAAGCUGCUGAUAAAAUUUGGCCCUCUUUAAAUCCAUCCGAGCAGGAAGAGUUGAGCGCUGAACAACAGCAACAUACUCAGCUUUUGAAGAACACUUUGAACACUGCUAAGUCUCAAAAAGCUCGACUUGAACAAGGGGCUGAAACUUGGAGAGACUAUUCUCAAACUUUGGAACGUGUGAAGGCUGUGAUUUCAAGAACUAGAUUCUCUGAUGAACCAGUUACAACUCUCGCUGGUCUUCAAUUUAAUAUCCAGAAGAUUACGCAUGCACUCAAUGAUGUUCAAAAUCAACAGUUCGAGUUGGACCUUUUGAACGAAAGAGGCAAGGAGAUCCUGCGACAAGCGGAUGCGACAAAUCAGACGAUCAUCGAAGCUCAGUUGGCGGAAAUCGGUUCUGAAUGGCGUGAACUCGUUUCCGGUUUGGAAGGACGUCGUGAUGCUUUGGAGGCACUUUCAAAACAUUGGGAAGAAUUUGAGGCUCGCUGGACUAAUGUUGAGGCUCGACUAAAUGGAAUCGAAGAACGAAGCAAACUUGUUGAUACAGUUGUUAGAUCCAAGCAACAUGUUUUGGAUACUAUCAAAGUUUUGGAUGAGCUGACUGCAGAUGCUGAAAAAUUGAGACCUGAUGUGGAGGAAAUAAAUUCGUUAGCCGGACCCGUUCUGGCUUAUUUAGCCGUGUUUACAGAAGGAACAGCUCGCUGCCUUGAAGAACGUAUUGAAAAACUGCAAAAGGCUGUCGGCACACUUGUUGAUUCACUUCGGGAUAAGUCCGAAAAGGCGAACACUGACCUCAAGAACCUUGAAAGAUUCGAGGAGGAAGUGGAACGGUUAAGUGCUGACCUUGAGGAACUCCGUCAGCAGAUAUCGACCUUCUAUGUAUUCAGCGCUAAUCAGGAGGCUACAGAGACGGAUUUGGAAGCAUUGAAAUCUCGAGGCGACAUUCUCGUGGAAUCUGCAAAGGGAUUUUCAGGAAACACAAAGGCGCGGUAUCAAGCUAGCCAGCAGCUGGUACCAACUGAUCUAGCCCAGAAACUCACGUCUUUGGAACUACGAGCCGAAGACACCAGCCAAGCGAUGGAAGAGAAACAAAGGGAGCAAAAACGAGCGAAGACGACGAGGUCAGACUAUAUGACCGACGUGGACGAAGUGCAGACCUGGAUUCGUCAGGCUGAACUCAAAGUUCAAAACAGGUCCAUCGAACCAGCUAAACUGAUGGAGCACCUUCGCCAAAUACAAAACGAACUGGGUCCGAUAUCCGACAAGCUCGAACGAUUAACGAAAAAUGGCCAUGUCAUUAUCGAGAACACCAGGGAUGAAAAUGAAAAGGAAAUGAUUGGUAGCACCAUUGCAAACUUGACUGAUCAGUUGGGACAAGUGAAAUCCUGGUUGGAUGAGAAGAAACAAUUAAUUGGAGAUACUAUGGAUGCCUGGCAAAGAUUCCUUGCCUUACACGAAUCAGUGAAAGUCUGGAUUCAAGAAAAGAGGCUUUUCCUGGCCGAACCUUUGAGACUGAGCAGCCUUAGUCAAGCUAGACAAAGGCUUCACGAGUAUUCGACUGCAGUGAAAAGCUGUAAACAAGUGAAUAAGAACUUGAGCGACAUGGGGAGAGAGUUGGAGAACAUUGGUCAGGUGACGAGCAUUGGAGAUCUUCCAGAGAAACUUACAGCAGCUGAAGAUGGGAAGGCUGAUGUUGAAGGACAACUUCUAGAAAGGAAUGCUCUUCUUCAAGAAACGAGCGAGGAAUGGGAGCAAUGUGAAAAAAAGAUGAAGGACGUCAGGAAUUGGAUCGAAAAGGCUCAACAGAGUCUGGAAUCGCCUCAGAAUAAAAAGAAACCUCUAAGAGAUCAACAUGCGAUCAGAGAAAAGAUGUUGAGUGAUAUAUCUAUUCAAAAAACGAAGAUCACCAUGUCUGUGGAGAAGCUGCAGAUCCAUUUCCGAUCUGGAAUCGGUGGAGAUAAUCGAGUGAGUGAAGCAGCCGGCGAACUUUUAGAGGAAUUGGAUCUUGUUUUGAAUACGGUGAAAGAUCAAACAUCUGCUUUGGAAGCUUGUCUUCAGCAAAUAGAUCAUUACCAACAGGAGAUACAACAGCUGAGGCAGUCCAUCGUCCAAGUGGAACAGCAACUAAGGACUGUCUUGAGUCCUACAUACCUUCCCAAUGACAGAGAAAAGGCUCUGGAAGAGCAACAGACCUUGCAGACAAGGAUGGACAGUUGGAGGCAACGCACGAGAACACUGGUGGAUAAGAUUCAUGCAGUGGAUCCACACUAUGUCCCACUCAAUGAGACGGUUAUCAGGGCCCCUGGUCUUGUGUCGUACGCAGACAUCGCUGCGGGAAGAUCACGUUCCAACUCGCGAUGCAAUAGCCCCUUCAGGAACCCACGCGAUGAACCUCCUCCUUCUUCCCCCUUGAGUACUCAGGCCCUUCGACUGACUACAAGCAAAUCAGAGGCUUUUCAAAAGGCAAAGAAUGAAUCUAAAAUUCCCACUGAAGAACCUGCAACUCAAGAAAUAGGCAAGACCCCUGCCAAAUCUCCAAGAGUGAAAUCUGGAAAGAUUGACUCAUCUGGACACAUGGAUUCUCGAAAGGUUGAUCAAGCUCGUCGUGGUCGUUCACCAACAAGGAAGCCACCUUCUAAACCGAAGAAACAAGAAGCGAGAACAGAAACCCCUGUUCAGAUAGAAAUAAGUGAAACUGAAGAGUUAGAAUCUGAACCUCUUGAAGAGAAGAAAAUGAAAGGAAGUUUGGCACCACAAGAACAUACAAGAGGUAGAUCACAAAGCCCCAUGUGGAUUCCGGGAUCCACAUCCUAUGCUGAUAUUCUUCGAGGACGAAUGCAAGCAAAUAUGUCCAGAGCUUCCUCGGAAACAAAAGAAAUGGUUGUGAUGGGUAGAGUUACUGAGCUUUCUAAAGAAUCUAGUCAAGCAAAAUCUAGUCAAGAAACUCAAGGACCAGUAUCUAUUGAAGUAGUUGAAGCCACUAAAGACAAUGUUCCUGAUUCCAUAGUACGAGUGGCUGAACAAAAGCUUUAUCAAGGUGUUAGCCAAAUGAGUGAGUCUAGUGAUGUAGAAAAGAGGAGAUGUUGUGAGAAAGAAUCAAUGGAUUGGUCGACUGGGGCUCAAACUUCUGAUUGGGCAGAUGAACCUUAUGAGACCCCUAUAGCUUCUCAACCUCAAAUUUAUGAUUACAUGCAAUCAACACCUGAAUUGGUGGGAUACAUCAGUUCUCAGUUGGGAGCUUAUCCGGUUCCUUCUUAUGUGUAUGCACCAGCUCAUCAACAAGUGCAAGGAUUAGAACCUAUGAUUUUAGGAUCGUUUGAAGGACCCUCUGGUUAUUCUGGAGAUCAUUAUGUUACUCAGGGUAAUUAUUUGCCAAGUGGGGAAUUGUACUCACCAGCUCAAGGUCCUGUGACUGAACACUGUAUAAAUCAGAUGAAUGAAUUGAUGCAACAACCUAACUUGAUGCAGCCACUUGAACUUCUGCCACAACCUGAACUGAUCCCACAAACUGAGCUAAUUCCACAUCCCGAACUGAUUCAACAGCCUGAACUGAUGCAGCAACAUGUCUUUUUGUCAGAACCAGUUUCUGUUAUUCAAGAACAACCACAACUCAUAACUGAAGAACCUCAUUCAGCUCUUCUAAUUGUAGAGGCUCCUGAUUGUGAAAAACAAGAAAAUCUAGUUCCUUCAGAAAAGAAGGACUUCCAGGGUGUAAGAACUGAAACAGAUCAAAAGAGAGCAGUGGUAGAAAAGCAAGAGGCAAGUGAUCAUUUAGAAGCUCGAGGACCAUCGAUGUCGUAUGCAAAAAUGUUAUCACAGGGAUUAAGUAGCCGAGUGACUCCACCACCUACUUCAAGACCUAGUGCUCCAACGUCUAAAGAGAGUUCAAGGUCACGAGAAAUGACUCCUCAAGAUUCUAAACUAUUUCCAGAUACAAUUAAUUUAGAAAGUUCUAGUGAAGCUCAGCAUAAAAAGGAAAAUGAAUGGGAUACUAUGAAGAAACGAGAUAUGAGGAAGAAAACUCAAGAAGAGAAACUCAAGCCCGAGAUUGAGAAAAAGUUUAAAAAAGGUGAUAAUGGUGUAACUUCAAAACCGGUUCCAGAAAAGUUUGAUGUUCGGAAGGGUCAAAAGGGACAGGAAGUCAAAAAUAAGGAAGAGAAACUAAAGAAAGCAGAUGAAAAGAAAGAAGUUCAAGAAGAUAAUAAAAAUAUAAAGAAAGAGACUAAGUCUGAUAGAAAGAAAGAUGAAAAGAAAGAAAGGAAUAAAGAUGAAAAAGUAGUUGAAACAAAAACAGAAAGAAAAAAGAAUGAGAGAGAAGUAGAAAAAAAAGAUAUAAGAAAGGAAGUAUCACUAGAGAAAGAUAAAGUUAUCAUUGACGAUUUAAAGCAUGAACAAUCAGAAAAGAAACCUAAGCAGAAAAGGAAGAAGCUUGAUAAAUCUAAUGAAGAUGAAAUAGAGAAAGCUUUAAAAGAAAUUGAGAACAUGGAUAAGCAAAAGGUAAAAUCUAAAAAAGAACAGUUGAAAGCUAAAAAAGAUAAAAAUGAAAAGGUAGCUAAUCAAAAUCCUGAUUUACUUGAUGAAAAAUUGUUAAAAUCUGGAGAAAAACCUCUUACAGACAAGGAAAAGGUUGAUGAUCAGGGAACAAACGUUAAAGAAUAUUCUAUUGAACCAGUGAAAGAAGAAAGUAAGAAAAUCAAAGGCGAAAAAUCAGUAAAUCCCCAAAAUAAAUCAGAAAAAAAUACACUAACUCAAAAAGAAACAGUUACUACCAGAGCAUCUAAAGCCAAAACAGCUUCAAGUGAGUUAAUUAAACAGGAAAGCAAGAAAGUUGCUGAGACUGGGGAAAAAUCUGAUAUUGCCACAAAAGAAGACAAAAUAUUAGUGCCAGAGAAAGAAACACAAAUAUCUGCGAAACAGGAUUCUAAAGCAGAUGUUAAAAAGAAAGAUAAAGUAAAAGCGAACAAAACUAAAGAAAAGGUAACACCUGAAGAGGUAACAGCUGAAACUGAACGUAAAAAAAAUACAAUAGAGAUUGAGAAAUCAAAAAAUUCUAAAGAGAAGGAGAAAAGAAAAGGUACAGCAGCAGCUUCUGAAAAGCAAAUACGCAUUAAAGGAGACACUGAGACCAACAAAGCUAAAGACGUAAUAUCAAAAAUGUCAUCUGAUGAUAUAAUAUUUGACUCAGAUAAAUAUGUAAAGGAAUCUCACAAAUCAGAAAAUUCUAAAGAAUCUGAACUUAAAGAAGAGGUUGAAACUUCAAGUGGUAAAGUUACACGGGAAAUUAAAGGCAAAUCAAUUAAAAAUACUGAUUUAAUGGCAGUAACAAAAUUCAAAAAACCAGACACCCAAUUGAGCAAGUUAGAGAAUAAGAAAUCUCGCAAAGAUAAAAAAUCUGCUAAAAAUGAAGAAAGUAGAGAAUCAAAAGAAAUGGAACAACCUAAAAAAGUUCCCGCUGAAGAAAGAAAAACACAUAAAAAGGCACCAGAAAAUAGCUCAUCAGAACAAAAUACUGAGAAAAAAGAAGUUCCCGGAUCUGCUUUUGUUGAUAAAUUGGAAAAUCAAGUUUUAUAUACUGAAGUUAUUGCAGAUGAAAUAGUUAUUCCAAAAUCAUUAAAAGCAGAUUCAGAUGAAACCGUAUCCAUAAAAAUCGAAUCUAGUGAAUCACAAUUGCAAGGAUUGGUCGAGGUAUCAGUGAAAAAGGAGAUCAUAAAACAUUCUGAAAACAAGAAUCGAAAGAAAGGUUCCAAAAAUGAUUCGUGUGAGUUAAAGAAGCAAACAGAAUCUAAGGAGGGCGAAAUUCCUAAAAAGGAGCAAUCAUCUCAAAUUGUAAAAGAUGUUACUGAAGAGAAAUCGAAAGAUUUGACUGACGUAAUGAAUUUCUCUGAGAAAGCUUCGAUAAUCGAAAAGACUGUCACAACCAUAGCGACAACAACUGGGUCAGAGGAAGUAAUACCUUCUGCAGAAAAAUCUAUCGAGUCAAUUGAAAUUUUGGAGAACGCGCCUCUACCAAAAACCAAGGGUUCUAUGGGAAAUAAAAUCAUAAGUUUACGACCGGAAAAUGUAGAGGCUAGUAUUGUGACUACGUAUGCUAGGGUAGCGUGUGAUUCUGUCAAUGAAAGUAAGAUGAAUGAAAUUGUAGAUCAAGCUGUGAAGAUAGGCGAGGUGGCUUUGAAUUCUAGCAACGUCGUUGCUCCCGCAGAUUUCGUUUUAGAAAUUGGCGAGGGAGACGUAUUUGGUAGCGUGAAGGAUAGAAGGAGGACUCAUUCAGUUUCUGUCCCAAGAUCUGAUGAGAGCUUAAAAAUGAUUAUAAAGGAGCGAGAGACGGAAUGUAAAACUGUUUCUAUUACCUCGGUGGGUACUGGAACUCAAGAAUUUAUUGACACAGCAAGAUUAGACAUCAUUCCAGAUAAAGCAGAUUCUGAAAAAGUAGGAAAUAAAUUGGAAAUCAAGAAAGAACCGCAACUUAAGAUUGUAAUGGAGGAAAAGAUAAACGAGAAAACUGAGAAGAUUUCGGACAAAGAAAAAAAUGUUCAGUAUUAUGAAGAAUUAAUCAAGCCUUAUUGGCUAGACUAUCAUGCAUAUGCUCAAGCUGAAGUUGACUUUCAUAGGUAUUAUAAGGUACAGAAGGUCGUAGAAGACCCACGUCCUCCAUCUUCCGAACCUAGAUCAUCGAGUAUUGACAGAAUUGUCCAAGAGUCAAUAAUGAAGACACCCGAAGUAGAAUCUAGUGAAGUGAAAUCAAUAUCAGAUUUAGAAAUGAGGAUAUCCGCAUUAGCAUUAGAAACCCCCAAAUAUUCUUUAGCUGAAAUUAAUGUUGCUGAAUUAGAAUGGGAAUCAAAUAAGCAUAAAGAAAGGGUACAAUCAGAUGAGGUUAGUGACAUUUCGACCGCUUCUGAUCGCAAAACUGUUAUAGAAAGGGAUGUCAAUGUAGAAGUGACAACUGAGUCACUCCAUGAAUCAGUAAAUAAGUCAACUGAAAAACUAAUGGAUGAUUCAGUGGAUAGAACAGUGGAUAAACCAAAACCUGUUCAUCUAGUGUCUAAUGAUUCUUGGAUGGACAUUUUAGAUGAUGAUUCACUAGAUAUGGACGAUAAUGGUUUUAAUGAUGUUGAAGGUAACAAAUCUGAGUCAUCUUCGAGUGAAAAAACAGCAAUGGUAAAAAAAGGAAGAAAAGUUCAGAAAACUGAAAUUAUUGCGCAAUGUAAGCUAGAAAAGGAGGAAGAAUUCAAGGAUUUGGUGCGUGAUGAAAAGAAGUUAACUGGAGAAAAAGUAAAGCUUGAGGCAAAGGAAACUCUUAAGGAAAUAGAAGAAGCCAAGGGCCAAAAACUAAAUAAGAAAAAUGUAACACUCGCAGAAAUAAAAGCACCGAAGGAAACCUUUACUACUAUCUCACAUCAAAAAGAUUUAUCUGAAGUACAGGAACUCCCUGACCAAAAGGAAGUACUUCAGAAAAAAGAAACAGCUGAAGUACAUAAAACACUUAUAAUACAGAAAACACCUAAAGAAACGAAGGUACAUACGGAAGAGGCAACUGCUAGUCUCCUAAAAAAGGACUUGCUUAAGGAAAAAGAAGCUUUAAAGGAAAGGGAUGCACAUAAGGAAACGAGGACACCUAAAGGAAAGGAGGCGUCCCAAGGGAAGCAUUGUACCAUUCAUAAAGAAAAUAAAGCACCUACAGAAAAGCAGGCACCUGAAUUAAAAGAAAUACAAAAAGAAACAGAGAAACGUGAAGAUAAAGUAGUAUCUAAGGCAAAGGAGAUGCAGCAAGAGAACCCCAAGAAAAAGCCAACCUCUAAAGUAAACGAAGCAUCCCAAGAGAAGGAAGGACUAAAAGUAGAAGAAGCAUAUAAAGAAAAAGAUGUACCUAAAAUAAAAGAGAUAGAAAAGGAAAAGGUGGCAUCUGUAGAAAAGGAAGUGCUUAAAGAAUUAUCUAAAGAAAGAGAUGUAUCGCCAACUAAGGAAACUGAGCAGCUUAUAAAAAAGGAAAUAAUCGACAGUAAAAAAGCACCUGAAAAGAAGGAAUCAUCUAAAAAGGAAGCACCAAAAAGCACAGAUGUGCCUAAAACAACAGUCAUAACAAAAGAAAUAGAGGUUUCAGAAGGACAGGGAAUUUUGGGAAAAACAAAGCCGCCAAAGACAAAUGACAGUCUUAAAGAAAAACAACCACCUCAAGUAAAGGAGCCAAUAUCCUCAGGAAAAACAACCCCCUUUCAUUUAUCCGCAGACGAUUCAUGGAUGGACAUUUUAGGUGAUUACUCCUUAGCCAUAGAUGAUGAAUUCGAUGAUACUACAGUUGAAGUUUCCAAAACAUGUGCUGCUGCAGCUAUAUCUCCAGGAAACAAAUCAAAGGAACAAGAAAAGGGAAUAGCGGUUCCAGAAAAGAAGGUUACUACGGCAGUAGAGCAGAAAAACGAUUCUAAAUUUGUUGAAAAAAUUAAGCAAAUGGACUCUUUGGCUACAAGCGACAAAAUACAUAAAUUAAAGGAAAGUAAAGAUCUUAAGCGAGAUAAAAAGGAACCAGCGAACGAAAAAAACUCUCCAGCUGUAAGUGACCAAGUAUUACAAGAAACUGAAACUAAAGAUAUUAAACCUGUUGAAAAGGAAUCAGAAGAAGGAAAGUAUUUACCUAAAGAUAUAAGAUUAUCUACUGAAAAAUCAACAGCUGUUCAUUUAGUAGCAGAUGAUGCUUGGAUGGAUAUAUUAGAUGAUGAUACGUUAGUUAUAGAAGAUGAUGGGUUUGAAGACUCUCAAAGCAAACCAUCAAAACGAACAGAAGAUACGAAACCUGGGAAGAAGACCAAUGAAUUAAAAUCACUAACGUCAAAUGAAAAAAUGAAGGGCAAAGAACAAAAGGAAGAGUCUAAAGCAGAAUCAUUUAAAGAUGAAAAUGUAAUUAAGCCAGUAAAUAAAGCAGUUGAUGUAUCUGCAAAUUCGAAAGAGAAAUAUAAGGAAAGUCAUGAGAAAUUUGUCACUGCUGAAAAAGUAGUUUCAAAAGUUUCCAAAAUUUCUCCUCAAGAAGUUGCAAGAGAACAAAAUGUGCCAGCAGCCCAAUUGGGAAAAGAUCCAAUAAAAAGAUCAAAGAAGAAUCAAUCUAGCAAGCAAAAGAUUGAAAGUGUAAGCACUGAAUCAGAAUUGCAAGCUUCAGAGAAACCUUUAACCGAUAUGACAGAUUCUAGAAAACCAGAGUCUAAUAUCAAAAGUCUUGAGAUUCUAGUUACAGAGAAACUACCCCUUGAGCCAGGGUCGAAAAUUACAAAAUCAUCUCCUGUCUUAAGUAAUGAAGAAAAUUUGGAAAAGGAUAGGAAGGAUAAAAAAGGAAAAGAAAAGAAGCAGACUCCAAAACCUGAAAUCAAAGAGUCCGGAAAGUCAGUCGAAGUAAUUCAGAAAGCUGAUAAAGUCAUUCCUGCAAAAGAAGAAAAACCAAUUGUUAGUCAGUUGAAUCCAAAUGCUAAAUCGUGGGCAUCAAUUGUUGGAAUCAAAGAUUCCAAUGAGAUCCAGGGGUCUGAACAAGCUAAAUCUAUUACAUCAGUUGUACCUCCAGUUGCAACUUCAGAUAUAACUUUGCAGGUAACCACAGUUGUUCGAAAUGUAUCUGAAAAAGCAAUUGAGCCUAUUAUAGUAAAGCAGGAACAAGAAAAGCAACAAUCACGGAAAAAGAAGAAUAAGCAAGUUGAUUCAUUGUCAAAACAGAAACAUACCAUUGCUAAAACAAUCUCCGAAGAAUGUUCAAAAAUUAAUACUUCCAUCUCUCAUGAAGCAAUUCCUAAAGAAUGGAAUAAAUCCUAUGCUGAGAUUGCAGCUAAAUCUGCGACUUCCUCGCCGCAACCUGAACAAGAGGAAAGAGAAAUUUUAAAACCAAAGGCAAUACAAGCUGAUUUUAAAGAAUCCCAAAUAAAAGUAACCAAUGUCUCUCUCCUUCCUAGAAUUGAUCUCAGAGCAGAUGUUUCAUCUGAACUUCAGAAGGAUGCAGAUUAUGCUAUAAAAGAAGAUGAAAGUAAGCCGAAAGUUUUUUCGAAACCACCAAUUGUUGAUGAAUCCUCAGUUGCUGAAACUAUUCCUUCUUUUCAAAUAGUAGAUAAUAAAACUCUUUGGGCUGAUGAAGUAGAGGCCGAGGUUCAAAUUGCAAGUGAACUACCAAUUACUGUAACUGAAACAAAAGUAGAAUAUGUGCCAAAAUCAGAUAACAGUUCGUGGGCUGCUAUUGCUGCUAAGAAAGUUAAUGAUGCACAAGAUGCAUUUGAAAAAACUGAAGUUCCUAUUCCUACUCUUGUUCAACGUUCAGCACCUCAAAUACAAAUACACGUACAAGAGGCUCCUGAAGUAGAACUAAUAGAAAACCUUGUCCCAGUAGAUGAUCAAGGCUUUAUGGAGUUUGUGAAUAGGAAGGAAUUACGCUGUCGUCGAUCAAGAUCUCGUUCUAGGAAUAGGUCACAAACACGAGAUAAAUCUGCAAACCAUAGUUCUGAAGGUGCAGAAGAUGUCAAUACUAAUUUAAGAACAGAAAGUCCGUCACUGAAGUCUUCAAAAAAGACUGAUGAAGUAGGGUCUAAGUCGAAAAAGGUUAAUUCAAAGAAGAGUAAAGGAGAAGAAAAUAAAAAAUAUGAUACUGAAGAUCAGAAAAAAUCGGAAUUGGAGAAGCAAGAAUCUAAAACAGACAAAAAAGAACCGGAAGCACAGAAACAGAUAGAUUCAGUUUCUGCGAAAUUAGUCCAAAAAUUAGCUAAAGAAGAAGAUACAGAUCAAUCUCGUGGAUGUGAGAAUUCUAAAACAAAAUCAAAAAGUAAAAAGAGACAGGCUGAACCAAGAGCUUCAACUCCCAAAGAAAGAGCCUUAGUUCAGGAUUUAAAGAGAGAAAAGGAUAUACGGGAUAAAGUAACUCCCAUGGAUGUAACUAAAGAUCAGCAAGCGGGUGAUAAAUCAGAGAUUCCAACAGUAGAUGCUAAAUGCGUUCACAAAAGUAAAACUGUCACAGAAAACUUAAAUAAAACCGAACAAGUUACAGAGCCAAUAAAAGAUGGUGAAGUCGAAAAGAAAAAGAAGAAAAAACACGACAAGUCAGGUCAACAAAAAGCGGAUGUCGCUUCAGCUGUUCAAAUGUCAAAAACAGAAGAGAAGAAUGAUUCGAUGAAACUAAAAACGGAUUCUGUAAAAACACUUAUAGAUGCUCGAAAACCUCAAAAUAAUGGAGGUGAAAGCAAAACACAAGCUAUUAAUAAACAGAAGUCUUCCGAUGCAUGCAAGGAAGAGAAAGAUACUAUUUCUAAAGAGGCUGAUAAGAGUGUGAAGAAAGAAGAAAAAGUAAGAGGAGACAAGCUUGAGAAAACAAAGAUAGAAGCAGAAAAAGUUGAAGCUAAGGAUGAAAAAGUUCAAGAAAAGGAAACAUCAUCUAGCAAGAAGAAACAAAAGAACAAGGGUAAGAAAUUCAAAGAUAAUGUACAACCCUCAGAAAAGGAAGAAAUAAUUUCUAAAACUAAUCAAAAGUCACCUACAACAGCAGAACCAGAAUGUGAUGAAAACGUAAUUUACAAAACUGCUGUUUUGGUUACGCAAGUAGAAGUUCUAAUAGAUCAGACAAAACCAGUUUCUGUUUCAGAUGAACCGAUAAAAGCUAUCAUGCCUCUAAAAGAACUGGAAUUGAUUCAAGAAAAGGCUAAAAGUGAACCGCAAACAGAAUCAGAAAAAAGCACAAAUAAGAGAACUGGUCAAUGUGCAAAUGUUAACAAUGAUAAGAGUGAACGUAGAGUAAAAAAAGAAGUCACUGAAGGAAAAAAAGUGAAUGGUUCUUCUGUCCACCAUAAAGUGAUUUCUGAAUUUUCCACUCCUGAUUUAAAUCCAGUUUCUGAAGUAACAGCUUCAGAGGAGGCCAAGCCAUCCGUUUCUGAAAAAUCGGAUAAUAUUAAAAUGCCGGUUUCACAAAAAUCGUCUGAAAAAUCAGAGAUUGGUAAAUACUUUGAUCCUAAAAAACCGGAUAUUAUCAAGUCAUCUCUUUCUGAAAAAUCAGCUGCUAUUGAGUCACUUGUUAUUGAAAAAUCAGAUAUUGCGAAAUCACCUGCUUCUGAAACAUCUGCUCCCGUUCCUGUAAAAUUAGAUACUACAAAGUCACUCGUUACAGCAAAAAUCGAUACUGUCAAGCCAUUCGGUCCCGAAAAAUCAGAGCACAUUCUGUUAUCUUCUUUUGAUACACCGGAUACUUCCAAGUCGCCUGUUUCUGUAAAAUCAGAUAUUUCCAAGGCAACUGUUUCUGAGACAUUAGAGCCUAAUAAGUCACAUGUGCCUAUAAAAUCAGAUACACAAAACCAGAAAGGACCUACUGGGGAUGACAAUGUUCCUACUGUAGAAUGUCCAACAAUAACAGUUCCUUCAACAAAGGAAGAACUAGUUAUCCAAAUUCAGGAAGCAAUUGAGGAAUCACUUGACCUUGAACCCAUCACCUACAACAAAAAAGAAUCAAUUUCAACUGAAACUUGCACCACAUCAAAAACAGACUCUGUCAAACCUACUAAACCAGAAAUACCAAAAAUCGAAGAACCCAAUCUUUUUAGCAGCCUAACUACUCAAUCACCUAAAAUAGAGACCGUAACUCAAGUCCAAACAAUACUAAAAGAUCGGGAUUCACCCAAAGUUCUCGAAUCAAAAAAGGUUUCAUUUUCUGACUCAUUCGAAAUGCCUCCAAAGGCAAUAUCCCUACCAGCGAUCCCAUCAGAUUCAAUAGAAAAAUCACCAUCACCCGAUGUAGUACCCAAAAGCAAGGUUCAAUUUUACAUCGCCGACGAAAUUCUUGUAAUACCCCAGCAUAAAGAAAAAGAUUUAGAGAAGCAGUCCAAGCUAGUCAAAAUUAUGCAAGAGUCCCACGCUCCGGGAACCAUAUGGCCCAAAUUCGCUUCCCUGGAUGGAGGUUUCUGGAUCGAUAAGAGACCCUACCAUGAGGCUGAACGUGAUUUGUUUGAGGCUUUGGCCUAUAGAUCGAAACAGUCAACUCUGAUCGAAAAUUUUGAUCAGAAUCCCCCUAAAGAUGAUGAUUCGAACGACGGUUCCUCCGAAGGUGGAGGUGGCGGUCGAGGUUCUAAUAUCAAAACAGAUUCUCACUUUGAUGUCCCCCAUACCGAACGUUUGGUCGCGGAUUUGCCGGGUGGCAUUUGUAGCUGGAGUGAUUAUAGUACCUAUUUGUCCCACGAGAGCAUCGACGAUCAGGAUGACCGAAAACUGGACCUGCUCGUCAAUAGGAUGACCGAGGAUCUUUCGACCGAUAUAGAAUCUUCCGAAGUAGAAUUUUCCUCAGUAGAGUCUUCCAAAGUAGAAUCAACCCAAGUAAAAUCUUCCGAAGUAAAAACAUCCACAGAAGACACUUUCAAUCCUGUUAUUUCAAUCCCAAAAUCAUCUACUAAUCCUGAAUCCUAUCCAGACUCCCAGCUCCAUUUAGGUAAAGAGAGAAGCGGAUCUAACCAGCAGCCGAGUUCCCUGGAAUUGGAGAAAGAUAUGGUAUCAAUGAAGACCGAACUGAAAAACAUCGAGAAGAUCAAGGACACAAUGGAACAGAACGUUGAUGAACUCAGAAAAGCUGUGGAUCGUAUUGGUGAUUCUUUGAGAAAUCUUCCAAGAGAUAGUUUGCAAUCUAUGUUUGCCGCAUUGUCGGGAAUAUUGGCUGAACUCAGAACCUACAAUCAAAAAUCAGAAUCUUUAAACAAAGAAGUCACUGAAAUUCCAGUGGAUUUAGAAACUCGAAGACUACUUGCUUCUUUAGCUGGAAUCCGAACAAGGAUUGUAACUCUUCUUUCUCAAACUGAACAAAGCCACUCAGCCUUGGAGGAAGCUUGUGGAGUCCAGGAAAGACGACAGAAGGAAAUAGAAACCUACAAACAAUUUUUGGAUGAAACCACUAUCUGGUUGGAAACCACAGUCUUAACCAUAAACAAUUUUUCGGCAUCGGAUUGUGAGGAAUUGCAGGGAGAAUUGUCAACUCGAACGGAACGCGUUAUUGAACUGGAGAAACUUCCGGAAGUCAAUAUUCUGGCUAAUAAAUUAAAAGAGGCUUUGGUUGAAUUGGCCAGUCGUCUUCAACAAAAGCAGCAGGAAAUUUCUGAAGCAGAAAUACUAAAGGAUGAUGAUCAAGAGGAUACUACUUUGGACCAGGCACCUUCCCUGAGAUCCAGUUCACCCUCUUUAGCAGAUGCUUCCUUACAAACUGGUCAAAGUUUAUACGAAGACCAACCAGUUCAAAAAAAACGAACUCAGCUUUCCAAACAAACUUCAACAAGCCAAAUGCCAGUACUUUGCCAGAGUCAGAGUCUUAUGACAGAACCAAUUGCAAUUCCAGUACAAGCUGAAACUGCUCAGACUCAUGAAUCAAUCAUGGUUCUAAAAACAAGGGAUGGUAACCAUGAUGUGAUUGAAAUUGCUACUAAGAAUGUUCCAUCAAGUCAGGAGUUCAUUCGAAGAGAGCAGCAAGGAAAUAACCCUGAUGAUAUAGUAGUUGACAUGAAGUAUCAAGAUGCUCAAAAACAGGAAAGUGUAACGUCAGAAUUGAACAUUCAACAUGCUGCACCUCAGUCUUUUGAAACUCUUCUUGUGGAGCCUGAUGAUGUGACCACUGAAGUUGUGGUAGAUAGUGAUGGUACCAAGAGGAUCAUUGUUAGAAAAUUGAGAAGAACUCUCGUCACCAGUAGGCAGACGACUCAACAACAUGUUUCAUCUUUGACGGCUGCCGUUGGCGACAAUCCUCCUGUUCUUCAAGCUUUUUCAGAGGCAACUAUGAGGGGGCAACAAUUUACUGUUACCACCACAAAACCUGACGGGACAAUAGAGAUGUCCACCAAGCAAAGUUACGGUGGAAGAGUAGCUACUGGAGCUCCAGGAACUGAAGUUAAUGUCGAAGAGUACGAAAGUGUCCCAAAAGUGACUCAUAGUGUCAUCCAAGGAAAUAUCCAAGACAUGGAACCACUAGCAUUAAGGGAAGCUUUGGAUGAGGGUGUUGAUUAUGAAACUAAGACAUCCAGUGUGCAUGCCGUUGUUCAGCAAGUUACUAGGCGAGUGAUUCGUAAAACUCGUCGUGUUAUCAGAAAAGUGACGAUAAUAGAUGGCAAAGAGACUGUGACUGAAGAAGUGAUAGAGGAGCCUGAAGAGGUAGAAAUUGAUGAGCAAGAUAUUCCACAUAUCAGCAUAAAUGUAGUCAAGAGUGAGGAUCAUCGAAGAGGUGAAGCUAAAGCUUUUGAGUCUCUUGUCGAAAGAGCAGCUUCUCUUGAUUCAGUAAAAAAUUCGCAAUCGGAAGGUUUAUCUAAAGCUGAAACUUCUCGUGUUUUAAGUGCUUCAUCAGAAGCUUGCACACCUGAAAGUCCAGUCCAGAGUUCAUUCUUAGGCCCCAUUACGAGAGAAAUAAUGCCUAAUUUUCCUGAGGAUCCUAAAUUCAAGAAGUCUAAGAAUAAAGAAUGUAAGGACGAGAAUAAAGGAAAUGAUAAACCUAAACCAAAUUCUGAUGAAAAAACACGUACGAAACCUAAAGCAGAUAAAACUAAGAGGGAACAAAAGGGCACACAAGUUUCUGAAACCAUUGUUUCUUCAGAAGUCACAACACCUCUAGAAACAGAAAAACUAAGGAUGGAAGUAGCAUCAAAUUCUUCAGUGGUGCCUGGUGUCCAAACAAAGGAGGGAUCACCAACACAACCUGAAGUUGUAGAACCAGUGGCAGAAACGAGUUGUAAGUUUGAUGUUACACCAGUUAAAGAAAUCGAGAAACACGGUAUUCAAUUAGAACCUGGCACAGUAGAAUUAGCGCACCUUGAUGAUAGCAUAGUAGCAUCUGUUGAUCAUCACAAAGCCAGUACAAUUCUAUUAGAAAAGCAAACUCCUAUAGAAUCAAUCAUAGCCAUAGACGAUGAACCCGUUAAAGAAGAUGGAUCUGGAGAACCUCAGUUACCAAUCUUACUCGAAGGUGUUGCACAUACUGAAAAAGGAUAUUCCAUACCUACAGAUAUGAAAAAAGACACACAAAAAGUUAAACAAAAAUCAGAAGAUUUUUCAAAUUCGGAAUAUAGUGAAGAAAAACUAAAUACUGCAGUUCCACUACCAACCGAUGUAGAAGGAAAAUUUGAAACUGUAGAACUAAGAGCAAAGGACGUAGAACAAAUAUCAACGUCUCUCAAUCUGGAGACCCAGAAAUCAAAACUAUGUGAUUUAACACAAAAACCAGUAACUAGAGAUGAAAAAUUACAAGGUUCUGACCAAAUGUCGGAAGAAACCGAUUCAAAAACAGAAGGUGACCCAGAAUCAACUGUCCCACAUGAUAGAAUGAGGUACACAGAUUCAUUUAUUGCAUUAAAGUUAGAAGAGCAACCGGAAACAACCAAUUUUACUUUGCCUGAGGACGCUUUAAGACCAGAGUAUACAUCUAUGCAAAAAGUUGAAAUUGACCUAACAGUUCAAGAAGGAGAUAAGGAAGGUUCUUCUGUUACUGUAAAAACACGAGUCGAAAAACCACAAGAUUCGAUAUUUCAAAUUGUGAAAGAAUCGGUGGAUAUUGAACUGCCUCUUGAGUCAGAAAGAUUUAAGGUUAGUAAUGAUAAAAUAUUACAGACAAGUGCCUUCUUGAAGGCUGAAAGUGAAGCUGAAUCAAUAAACUACUCCGAGGUUUCUGAAGAUUUUUCUGAAAAAAGCAUGGCCGACAAAGCUACCAGUAUUAGUGAAAAGCUCCCAAAAAAUGAAGUUGAUUCUGCUAAGGCUAGUGGAGAUGAAUCCAUAAGUUUGACGACUACAAUAGCAGACUCUGUAGAUAUCAAUGUUCCUUUGUCGGAUUCCUCCAAACAUGGAACCGAUCCACCACAACCGGACGUUGCAGAAAUUACAGAGACAUCUGAAUCGAUAUCAAUACAAGAUGAGACAUGUGAGAGAGAUGUUGGAUAUGAACCAGAUGACAGGACUACAGUCGAGGAAUUUGCGAUUGCUGAUGACAAUGAAGAGGAUAGUGGAAAGAAGAAAAGAAAGAAGAAGAAGAAGCAAAAAGUUAAACCAUCAAGAGAAGAUGAUAUGACCGAAUUCCCUAAGAGUACUACAGACGAAGCUGAUUUCACAGAUGAAAUUGUUCCUAUCGAGGCAGAAUGCAGUAAGUUACCAAAGAAGUCGAAAAAAAGGAAAAGAAAGAAAGAAGAUAUAACCAUAACGAGUAGCGAUGAAGUCGUUACCGAACUCACUGAUGAUCAAGCGAGAUUGCAUGAGUCUGAUGUACCAGAAAACGUCCCAGUUUCAAUGCAGACGUCUCCAGAGCCCGUUCUUCAAACUCUAGAGCAUGAGAUCCAAACUUUAAAAAUCGAGGAAGUUCACUCUGAGGUACAAACUUUUCCCCAGAAUGAUCAAGAUACUGCUGCACAGACCUCACCAACUAAAAUACCAGAUUUUGAUGCUAUUUCAGUGCAAACAGUAACUCCUGAAGCAAUACAAACUGAAGAAAGCGUUGUGCAAACUUCCCCAGUGGAGGAAUCAAAACCAGCAACACCACCUCAAGUCGAAAAUAUCGAUGUUCAGACAAUUAUAAUUGAAGUAGACUCUGCAGAAAUCCAAACAUCUCCAAGGAACACAACUGAAAUAGAAACCCAAACAUUGACUGUAAAUGAAGUUCCUGUAGAUGUAGAACAACAAACAACUCCAGAACCAAGACAGAAUGUGGUCUUUCAGGAAGUGGCUAUGCAGACACAUACUCCUGAUUCGGUAAGAACUUCAGAAAUUGAUAUACAGACUAGUAAAUCAGCUUCUCCUGAAGUUGUGCAAAUGCAGGAUUUCGAUAUUCAGGCUAACCUGGUCGAUGAAGUCACUUUUUGCAACACUGAGACCCAAACAACACCAAAGAAGAGUCCACGAGCGGUAGAAACUCAAGAGACUGAGAUUCAAACCAUUAUUCGAGAAGAAACAGACAAAGUUUCCCAAACUAGUCCAAUUUUGGAAAAUUUAGACAAUAAAGAUCUUGGUAAAGAGAAGACAUUAAGCCAGGAAGAAACACAAACUAGUCCUGAACCCCAAAAGGAAAUUUCAACUAUUUCAGUACAAACAAAAUCUGAAGAUGUGGUACCUACAAUUGAGGAAAGUGCUCAGACUAUUGAAGUAACUCUGUUGCCAGAUGUUGAAGAUUCCCAGUACGAAGAAGUUGAAGGAUAUGUGAUAACACCUGGAAAUCAAACUCCUGAAAAUGAAGAACAAGCUUCUGAAGUUGUUGUUAUCACAGCUCCAGAAGUCUUCCUUUCUGAUGAGAUUAUAGAAAUAAAAGAAAUUGAUACAACUCAAGAAGUUGCUGAUUCGAAUAAACCAAAAUCUAAAGAAACAUCAAUGGAAAAACUUCAAGGAGUUGCAGCAGGUCCAUCAUUGCCAACAAAAGUUGAAGAAAAUCUUCAACAAUUUCCUGGGCAAUUCAGAUCAGUAGCGACCGGAGGCUCUAUUUCCAAUUCUGAGACUGACUCAAUCACAGACGAUUCCUAUGAAAUUCGACUUCAAGCGACACUUAAAAUGUCUGAAAGAUACUCUCCAGAGUUUUCAGUCAACGUCAGCAAGUUAAGACACCAUAAUAAAGGUGAGGAUUCUCCCCUAGUAGACAGUGAAGCUGGCAAGAUGGAAAAACUACAAAAGAAAAAGAAGAGACAUAGGACUGUGGAGAUAAAAAAGAGCCCUGUAGAUCCUGAGACUUCUGAUAUUGGAAACACCUUUACCCAAUCAGAACAUCCGGAAGAAAUUUCCUUUAAGCUUUCGUAUUCAGAUGUUGCUAAAAGGGGAUCCAGCAAGCAAUCUUCUGAAGAACGUGACGUCUCCCGAGAUUCUUUUGGAAACUCAGUUUCUCAAGGGUUGCAGCAACAUAUUCCAGAAACUAUUUCCAUUAAUACAUCUCCAGAACCAAUGGACACUACAGAAGAACUACUAUCACCAACAGAAUCAGUUCUAGCUAGAAAGGAAGAUAACCCAGAGAGAAUGGAAAUCAAAACAUACGCUGAAGCCAUCGCAGAAUCGGAUCCAAGAAAAAGAGAAGUUUCGUGGGAAGAUCGAUUGCUCAUUGCACAGAGCACCAUCUCUAGGGAACUACCAAGUUCUAACGCUCUUCUUCUAGCAGAAGCUUUUGAAUGUCAAAAGCCGCACGACCCAAUUGCACAAAAAACACAAUUAGCAAAGAUUAUAUCUAAAAGAGUCAAGAGUUCUCCAAGCGCAAAACAAACAUCUCACAUAUCCAACGUUUUACAUAUCGCCACACUAAACCAAGUUCCUCUUGAAUUAUCACCUGAAGAAAGAUUUGAUAACAUAAGGACAGAGUUAGCUCAUCUGAAAACUGCUGUAGAAGGACACGAUGGCAUUGUAGUGGAGCAGAGCUUGGUAACAAUUGUAGAAACAAUUUCAACCUGGUUGGAAACUAUUGAAUACAGAGUAUUUCUUGAAAGAGAAUCUCCUAGUGGACCUUCUCAUAGAGAUGAAAGCAACUUUAUUGAACUUAAGGAUGAAGUCACUCAGGUGGAGAAGAGCAUCAAGGAACUUGAUCAAAUUUGGAAAGGUGUUGAGAGCAGUUACCCUGAGGAGGAACGGGAUAGAAUUAGAGAAUGUGUUAAUGCUUUGGAAUAUCAAGUAAAAGCUAUUGAAGAAGUAACGAGUGAGGAAGAAAGUUUUGCAAAUGCAGAAUUAGCAAGGUGGGAUGAAUUCUUGAAUGGUGUGAACAACGUAUCUAGGCUCGUGGAAGAGCAACGGCAACAACUAGACACCGUAAUUGACAGUGAAUCAUCCACUCAGUGGAAACUCCAGGAGCUGGAAAAAAUAGAAAACACGAAUCAAUGUCACAUGUGGAAAACAUCGAAACUUUUAUUAACAGCUCGAGGGAUACUGAGAGACUAUCCCGGCAAGACAAUUCCAGAAGAAACCUACAUUGCUCACGAUACAACCAAACUCAUUGAGAAUAACAUCAACACAGAGAGAGAACGUCUUCUGCAAUUAGAAGCUCUUGCUGAAGAGUAUGAACAUACUCUUCGAGAAUUUGCCCAAAUAACUGAAAUUGCAGAAGAACUUUUGGACAGCCCAAUUACUGUCAUCAGUCUUGAGCAUCUGCAGGAUGAGAUGCAGAAGCACAGGAAGUUCUUCGUAAAUUUAAAUCACUGUCGAGCUAUUUUGGAGUCUUUGGAAGGCAACUUGGAUACUGAAACUAGGGCCAAGCACUCUGGUCUUCAUGAAGAACUGCAUAGUCGGGCAACAUCCUUGUUAGACCAAGCAGUUUCAAAAGCUCAGCAUAUGUCACUAGCAGCAUCCAGGUGGAUUGUUCUGGAACAGGGGAUGAAGGAGGAGAGAGGCUGGUUGCAGGUUGCUCAUCAACGAGUUCCUGAUUUGCAAACGGUCACAUCUUCUGAUUAUGAUCAGUAUAUUUCACUCUAUCAGUCUCUCUCAGCAGAUGUUGCAACCCAUCAUGCUCGUUUAAUAAAACUCUUGAGUGUGGCCCAAAGUCUUCAAGAUCUAUUAAACAUCGAAGAUCCAGAAGAUCGUUACGGAGAGGCUUUAGACGUAAUCCUCAAGUUGCAAGAAAAUGUCGAAUCUUCCUUGAGACGUUUGCUAGCUUUCAGAGAAAGUUGGAGCACUCAGGAGCUGAUGGUAGACCGUGUAGAGCAUUGGAUGUCGAAUGCAGAAAGAGGACUCGUCAAAAUUAAAGAUCCUUGCGGUGGACACAUGCGUCAAUUUUGGGAACUGAAGGCUCAAUAUGAAGUCCAUAACAACAUGCGGAAUGAAGCUGAUAAUUGUUUCGAACAGGCUUUAAGAAUUAUUCCCUUGUCUGACGAAAUGCUUCAGAGGCAAUUUAGAGGUCAACUUCAAGAAAGAUGGAAUGACGUGACAGAGAAGAUAAAUGAAAUUCAAACAGCUGUGAGGAAAAAUAUUUCUUCUGAAGAUGUUCCAGCUGAUGAGAAACUGAAUCUUUUGGAGAGGGAGCUGCACGAGUUAAGAAUGACGAUUGAGGGAUUUCAUGGGGUUUUGAAGACUGAGGAGGAAUUGGAACUCUAUGUGGAGAGGCUGACUGUAUUAUUCGAACGUGUUUAUGUCAUUCAGGAGGAAUUGGGAAGACUAGGACUUCUUCCAGCAGCAGAAAGUGAAAGAGUAGGAAUCCUGCUCUCAACAGCUCGAAGAAUAGAAGGUCAAAUAAGUGAAGAACUUGACGCAGCCCAGCUUCUUCGAGAACGUCUUCAAGCUCUAGAACGAGGUUUGAAUCGAGUUCGAAAAGGUCAUCAGAGACAGACAUCAAUUUUGGAUCAGUGUGAAGGAAGUGAAAAACAAGGAAGUGACAUUGUGGCAGCAUCAGUUGACAGAUGUCAGUCAAUUGCUGAGGAACUAGUGAUCCUUUGGCAAGAUAUAAUGGGUCUUCGUCAGGUUCUUCACACCCUGCCGAUGAGUAUGAGGGUCUCUGUAUCACCUGUUGGAGUUGAAAGGGACAUUUCUAAUCUUCAGGAUGAUCAUACUAAACUUGAAGCUCGUUGUGCCCGACUUUUGAAUUUGCUGAAAAAUAGACUUGCUUUGUGGAGAAGAUUCGAAAGACAACUAGAAAUGGUCCAGCAAUCUGUUCAAGAAGCUGAUUAUAUGAUGGAGCUGCUCACUGUCCAAGGGUCUGUGGAUUACGAGAGGCUGCUCAAGGCUACAGAACGACUGGAGGGUUUAAAUGGCGAUUUAGGAGCUCGAGAAGUUCUCAUUGGUGAACUUCAAGCAGCAGCUGAACCACUUCGAGAGUCCUGCACUGCAGAAGUAAGUGAGAGAGUAGAAGCUGCAGUAAAUGAAGCUGUCCAGGCUUGGGAAGACACCAGGGCCGAGUUGGAUGCCCUUUGCAAUAAAUAUCAGCACGCUGUUAGACUUUGGCAACAAUAUCGUGACGCCAGUUCCGUUGUGAAAACUUGGGUUGACACACAAAUGGGGAGCGUUGCUAAUCUGCCCCCAGAAGAAGCUAUUAAGCAGGUCAAGGUUUGUGAGAACACACUGGCAGAGCACAAAGAAAGAUUGGCGGAAUUGCGUGGUUUGGUGGCGCAGAUUGCUUCAGAUGUAGGUUUGGAUGUUGGAGGAACUCUGCAUUGUGAGGUUGAGGCUCUUGGCAAGCGUUUAGAAGACGUUCGAGAGACUCUUUCAUCUUUAGCUGACACUGCGGAUGCAAGAGCUCUCAGUCAGGAACUAGCUCAAAAUGAUCUCUGCCAAACCAAAAAUUUCCUCGAUUCCGUACAACAGAGUAUAACAUCAGUAGGACAAGAAGAAUCAAAUGAUCAGUUAAAGCUACUUCGGAACCAUCUUCUGGCCCUAACCCGCACCGAACCUCAACUCCAAUCCAUCAAGGAACGAGCCCUAGAAACAUCAACCCAGGAACCAACAAUCGUAGAUGUUCUCCAAUUAUGGCAACGUGUCUUCCGGGAAACCUUCCAACAAUACCACAGACUCUCUGCUCGUCUCGUGAAAUCUCAGGACGUUGCAGCUGCUCUAAAACUCUGGCAAGAAUACCUCUCUCACGUUCAAGAAUUCCUCUCAAACGACGUUCCAGGUGACUACAACGGUCUCUCGGAACACAGGAACCUCUGCGAGGUCCACAAGAAUCUCCUCACUGAUCAGCAGAACCUGAUCCUAAUGGUCAGAGCCGGAGAAGGUCGAGACCUUUCGGUUUCAGAUCAGUUCAACACCCUUACCAAUCUGCACAAUGAGACCCUAGCCAGAAUCAUGGAAAGACACUCUGCAGUUCAAGACAGGCUCUCAUCUUGGGACAAGUACAGGACAGACCAGAACAAGCUCCUGGCCUGGCUCAAAGACAUCGAGAGAGAGAAAAGUCGUCUCCAGUUAAGGUUCAUCCACCUACGAAGAGUCGACAAGAUUCUGAAAAGGAUUGAGUCCCUACUAGAGAAAAUACCCAGUGGAGAAACGCAGGCUGAAUCUCUCCAGCUGCAGCAGGAAAAACUCUUGGUCAGUUGUGACGAGACACUUGCUGUCUCAGUCAGAAUGGAACAUGCUGCUAACGUUCAGAGGAUAGCGAACCUCAGAGCUAGUUUGGAGACCUGGAGAGAUUUUAUAACAAGGAUAAGGAGUUUGAAUGAUCGGCAUGUUGAGCAAUCCAGCCAGAUCACUGCCACGUUUCAAGAAGUGAGUCAAGUCUUGAGCGCUGCCUUUCACUCUCCUCCCUCUAGUCUGGCUCAAACUCUGGAAAAAUUAGAGUCCCUUCAAGAUCUGAAAAGCAAACUCGUGAGUACAACGACUGAUCUCGAAUGCCUUGGAGUUACCACAGAACAAUUGCGAGAGUGCCUUAGUCCCUCGGACAUGAAAUCGCUCAAUCAGCACAGUUCCUUGCUGUGGCAACAACACGGAGAUCUGGAGCAUCAACUUGCUCUUUUGGUUUAUAAGUUAGGUGAGAGGUGUAGUUUGCACUCGAGAUGGGAGAACAGACUAGGAAGGUUGAUGGUUUGGUUAGACGAUGCUGAGGCGAGGAUUAAUAAUUGUGAUACGAGAGUUUUGGAUGAACCUGAAGAAGCUUUGAAGAGGAUAGAGUGUGAGCUUCAGGCUGAAAUGUCCCUGAAGCAGAGGGAACUCGAGUGGCUUCAAAACACUGGUCAAGAUCUGAUAGACGUAGCUGAAAGUCACGAGAAAGAUAAGCUUCAAUCUUCUCUAGAAGAGAUCAACGAGAGAUGGUCACGCUUGCUAACUUCUGGAAAAGCGCGAGCGAACAAGCUGAUUGACCUUGUGACGACCAUGAGCACACUUGAGACACGGAUAGCAGAGAUAAGAGCCUGGCUCGGAGGAAUUGAAUCUCAACUCUCGGAGCCUUUCACGAUAGAAUCGAUAAUUCAAAAUACAGUUGAUAAGAAACUUGAGGAUCACGAGCAGCUACAGAAGAUGAUAGAAGCUGAGAGUGGAAAUGUAGGAGAGGUUUUGAAUCUUUGCGAGAUUCUGCUCGGCGAUUGCGACGCAUGGAAAGCUUCUUUCAACACUGAUGCGAUUAAAACUGGAAUGGAGGGCUUGGAGAAAAGGUGGAAGGCGACUUGUAUAAGGUCAGCGGAACGCAAGAGGCAGAUCAUCUUGACUUGGAAGCUCCUCCAAGAGCUGGAGAGUGUGAGAUCUGGACAUGAGGAGUGGCUGGAUCAAAUGGAACGAAGACUCCAGGAAUUGGAGAAUGAUGCGAAGGAUAUUUCGAAAGAAGAAUCUGAAAAGGCGAUAGUGACGGCUAAGAAGAUUUCGGAAGAGAUCAGAUCUAAUAGUUCUACUUUAAGGACACUUGAACAAAGUUACAGUCGCCUCGCGAAAGGAGGUCUGGAACCGGAGAAUCUGAAAUACCUCACGAGUAAAAUUCGUCAGGUAAUAGAUAGGUGGCACGGUUUAAGCCACAGGGUUAAUGUUGUUUUGGCAGCUUUGAGACAAGAGCAGAAGGUAUAUCGGGAGUUUAUCACUGCUCACGGAUCUGCAGUAGUGGGCUUGACUCAGGUGGAUGUUAGACUAACAGAACUUCAACAUCUGACUUCCCCGAAGCAAGCUACACCCAGGAAAAAGUUGCAGCAAUUAGGGUCGAUUGAGAACGAACUGGCAACCCAGAAUGCUACUCUUCAGAGGGCUGAUGAGUUGGCACUGGUGGUGAUGAGAGAAAGUCAUCCUGAUGAUGUAAAUACGAUUCAGGAGCUGGUGGAUGAGUACCAAUUGCUUUGGAGGGACAUAAGAACGAGAGUGACGAAUCUUCGGGUGGAAAUUGAAACCCAGGAGAGGUUGGAAGUCGAUGAAGCGGUUCAGGUUGAGACCUUGAAGUUCGAACAGGAUUCUGCUGUACAGGUGGACACUUUACCUAAACUGGUGAGAAUGACAUCAUGCGACGCUUAUCUGAUUGAAUUGGAAGCUGCGAUUAAUGAGUGUCGCUCAGCUUUGGAUUCAUUGGAAAAUGCCGUUUCUCCUGAGCCAACUCCUGGCUCUGGACUCACAACUGCUGCCAAGACAAUCGCUAAAUUAAUUGGAAGUUCUCAAUCAACGAUAGACCUGGCAAGGCACUUGCAUAAUCUUCUCUUGGAUGAUGGACAAUUUGACAAAGAAUGUGCCAAGAAUUCUGAAAUAUCAGAUCUUGUUUCUAGACAUGAGAAUCUUCUAACCCAAGCAAGAUCCCGAGAACAACAAAUUAGGGAAAUGAAUGACGCUGGCAGAUUAACGUGUCCUAUUUGCUCGCGUCGGAAUUGGGCUCAACUAGACAACGACCUUUGGAGAUUAGAAAAGUGGUUGGAAUUCGCUGAAGGAACUCAGAGUGAACAAGACUCACCACCAAGCAAUAUCGAACAACUGGAGGAUGUGAUUCAAGAUCAACGGGAAUUCCUGCUUGACCUUGAUAGUCACAGAAGCAUCGUUGUCAGUUUGAAUAUUGUUGGGGCACAUCUAGCUGAUCAUUCCGAAGAAACUGAUCGUUCCAAGGAACUUCAGAAGAGAUUAGAAGAUGCUAAUGCAAAAUGGGAGCGAGCUUGUGAAGCAGCUAAAAGAUGGCAAUCUGCCUUGCAAAGUGCUCUCAUGGAAAACACUCAAUUCCAUCUCAUUAUUGAAGAGUUGCUGUCCUGGUUGGAAAAAAUGGAGAUAGCAAUCAGAGCGUGUGAACCAAUCGACUUGACUGAAGAUCCUGAUCUUCUGCGUAUCAAGUACCAAAAGUUCAAGGAAUUGCGCAGUGAUCUGGAGCGAUGCGAACCCCGCGUCCUUUCCCUGAAAGAAUCAGCCGAUCAGUUACUUGAUGAAGACGACCAAGCCCGGGAAAGGCUUCAAGAACUGAGGCUCCGGCUGCAAUCACUCCGAAGACUCACUGGAGUGUAUGUCGUUAAACUGGGAGCAACCCUCGGCCUAGAUCCUCGAGAUGUUGGUCUUGAAGCUACAACUUCCCUAGCAUCACUCUCCAGAGAUCUGCUCGAUGAAGCUGCCUCCGGAAGUGCUCAGCCCCACGACACAGCCUCUACAGAUGGUGACGAAAGGGAAGAAACGGCAUUGGUCCGCGGAUGCAAUUUCGUGGGAAGAGUUCUUCGAGCUUCUCUUCCGGUUCAAGCGCUGAUGCUCUUGCUUUUAGGGGCUGCCUCGCUGGUGCCUUCGGUCGAGGAAGAUUAUAGCUGUAUGCUCUCCAACAACCUCGCCAGGAGCUUCACACCCUUGGUCGAGUAUCCCAACGGACCUCCGCCUUUGUAACGUUUUUCAGGAAUUGUCAACUUUUUACCACUUGUCUACAAUUCUAAGCAGAGUUUAUAAUAUGAAUCCGUAAUAUGAGCAAGAUGAUAAUUCGAUUAAUCGAUUAUUCGAGAAAAGACUUCCACUAGUCAGAAAGGGCAGGCAUCUAGAAUAUGAAACCAAGUGAGAAUUUUUAAUGUGAGAAAAUGUAUCAGUGAUGUAGUACUUUUACAAGAAACAAAUUUGUACAUAACUUAAUACAAUAUUACAAUGGACCAAACGGUUUGAAAAAAUGCAUUACAAUCAGUGAAGUCUUAAUUUAUAAUUUUUCUCUUUGUAUAUGAUGAAUGUUGUGCAAUAAUUUGUAUAAAUGGGUGAGAAGAUAACACUUAAAGGCGGCAUGUAAUUAGACUGAAAAUGCAAUUGAUGAAGAUUGCAAAUUCUGAAGAAAAAAAAAAUUAUUCGUCAACAAUAUAAGUCUUAAGAUGAAUGUAAAAUACUCAAAACAAAUUGAAGAGUUUGUUGAACGGAAAGAUCUUUCUAUUGGAUUUAAACUCUAAACGUAUGAAAGGAUAAUUCUAGAACGCGGAAUAUCAAGAAGCGAUGGUGCUAUUUGAAUGAUCGAUCGGAAACGAACUGUUACGAUUAAUUAUUUGCUUUCUAAUUUACAAGUUUUUUGCUUAUUGCACACUGAGCUUUAUUAUGUAUUUUUAUAAAGAAAGAGCUUAUAUAAGGUGGUGUAAAACUGCAUAUAUACGACAUUAUAAUAUAUUCCUAUGAACAUAAAUGCAAUACAGUCGUUU